GCCCUUCGGUGCAUCCCCGCUCAGAUCUCAAGAUGGUUUUAGCUCAACUUGUGCCAUUACAGAAAGAACAUAUCAGACUGGUCCCACCCAUACGGGUAGUCCAGAUCCGAAAUAUCAGCAAGUUCCCUCUACACGAGAGAUACAGCAACCCUAGACGAUCGAUUCAACCUUGUGAGGUAUAGACAAUAUCCCUAGGCACCGUGGGCAAGGGAUCCACUUCUGGAUUGCCCUUUAAACGUAAGGAGAGAAAAACAAGUAGCAACAACAACUUGCUGGCAUUUCGGAUCUGGACUGCUCGUACGGGUGGGACCAGUCUCAUAUACUUCAGAUUAGAUAUGUACCAAAAUGAAAAUUCUGGGCCGAAAUCGAAAAUAAGGAUGCCCUUGGCCGUAAACCGAAAAUUACAUUAUUUUUUUUUCCCCAAAUGAUUUUAAAGUUUGUUUAUUUUAAUUUUUUCCUAUAAUUUUAUUAAUUAGACUUUUUAAUGAAUUUAAUUAAUCUAAUAUGAAAAACUUCCCUUCCCUUUUAGUCGUCCCCCCCCUUAAUGUUCCUCUAUCCCACCUCUAGUGUUCCUCUUCUCUCGCUCUUUUUUAGUGUUCUUUUACCCUGUCCUCUCCUGUCCCGUAGUGUUCUUUUACCCUGUCCUCUCCUGUCCAGUAGUGUUCUUUUCUCCCUUCUCCUGUCCAGUAGUGUUCUUUUCUCCCCUCUCCUGUCCCAUAGUGUUCUUUUCUCCCCUCUCCUGUCCCGUAGUGUUCUUUUCUCCCCUCUCCUGUCCCGUAGUGUUCUUUUCUCCCCUCUCCUGUCCCGUAGUGUUAUUUUCUCCCCUUCCCUGUCCUGUAGUGUGUUGGGUUUUUGUUUUUUUUCCUUUUUUUCCCUUCACUAGUUCCAUAGUGUUCUUUUCCUCCUUCCCCUGUCCCAAGUGCAAUAAAAAGUAUCUAAAAAAUGUUUUUAUAUAUAUUUUUUUUAAAUUUUGGCAAAUUUCACACGUUUUGGCCGUAAUGGGAUAGGCCUAUUUUCGGCCGACCAUUUCGGCAGCAGAAAUUUAUGUGCAUCCCUACUUCAGAUAUGUUCUCUCUGUAAUGGCACAAGAUGAGCUAAAACCAGCUUGAGAUCUGAGCGGGGACCCACUAAAGGGCAGGCUAAUUGAGCUGUUGUUCGUUUUUACCGUUGGUUUUUCUCUCUAUAAAUAUAAACAUAGAUAUUUGUGUCAUUUUCUUGUGAUGAUUUGCAUGUUGACACAGGCAAGUUUCCAUAAUGACUACCAUAUGCAUGUGCAGCAGCCCUUCCUACUAUUAUUCCAUGUGUAACACACAAACAAUAGGUGGAGCAAGUUACUUUGUAACUGUAAAGAUAGAGAGGUACAUAAUAGUGCAGAUAUCUUAGAAUAGAAUAGGCAGCAGAGAUGAAAAUCCUUUCCAAAAUAAAUUUAUUGGUAAAUACACAGGAUAAAAUAUUAUAUGGAAUAGUAAUAAAAAGUCUACUAAUGUCCAGAUUAGUGCAAAAACGCGUUUCGCCGAAAAGUGGCUUCCUCGGUUGGCAUAUUAUUCCAUGUGUGUUCAGAGAUCCACAAGUAUUCAAUUAACCCCUUAAGGACGGUGGGCAUUCUAUGCCGUCCUUGGGGAUCCGGUCCUAAAUGCCGGCGGGUGGCGUAGAAAGUCCCCGCCGUCCUAUUCACUUACCUGGUCACCGGCGAUCCCAUGCCAGCGAUCACGGUGGGGGAAUCACCUGGCAUCCCAGGGAGUCAUCCUGCAUCCGAUCCGGCCCUCUGUUUGUUCGGCUAUUUCCGUGUCCGUACAGCUCGUUAUUCCCCGUUUUACCGAAUGAACUGCCGAACGGCCGGCCACCCAGCAUGGAAGUGUGCUGCUUGUUAACCUCUUGGCCUCAUUAGAACGUUGUGGUUAACCGCAGACACUUCCUAAUUGUCAAAUGUUGGUUGUGUGGUCAAGAUGGUCGCCAUCACGUGUUCGUUCAUACGAACGAUGACCACCCAACCAACAUUUGACAAUUAGGAAGUGUCUGCGGUAGGGGCUGUACAAACACGGAAAUAGCCGAACAAACAGACGAACCAAGAGGAAAUAAAAGUAGUUUAAAGACAGAGAGGUCUGUCACAUUGAUAUAGAAAGUAUUACACAAAAAGUCAUGUUAGCCCUUUUGGCAUAGUCAGAGUAUGUAAUAAUAGGGCUUCUAACAGACUAGUAGCCAGCUUUUAUAGCUAGAAUAUGACGUUCUCUCCCAAGGAAAAGUCAUUCUUUAGUGUUUGAUACUAAAACAGGGGUUAUGUAACCUGUAAAUUCAAUAAGAACUUGAUCUGCAUUGUUUUGUGUAACCCUGUUAUAGAGCUUGCAUGCAUGAUAUAAAGCGCCAAUCAGCAUGUAUUAAAAUCUUGGGGAAAAUGGUUUGCAUGUUUUCUCCUUACUCUGCCAUUUUUGAAUAAAUAUAUACUGCAACAGAUUGGUAGCCCAGUACCUUGACCACUAUUACCCUUGUUGUCGAUCAUUUUGCAAAGGGCUCUGGUCCAACUAGUUAUGCUUUUCCUGUAUGUUUCACUAAUCGUACAUGUCUCAUUUGGUAAUCCAUUCACAAAUAGCACUGCAAGGCUGACAUUAUUAUUAGAUUCCAGAUCUGUGCUAAGACACUAUACUUCCCUGUGGCAUGCACGCAGUCAAAUUAAUGGACAAAUCAAAAAGUCUGAGCCUCCCAUGAAUACUGUUUGAACUAUUUGAAUAUAUGAGAGGAGAGCAUUGGGAGUAAAAUUUGCUUUUUGGUGGCCACAAUGUGUUUUGUUUUUUUUUGUUUUGUUUUUCUGGCUGCAUGAAAUCAUUAUGUCUGUGUGUACAUGUUAAGUUUAAUGUUUGUUUUAUUUUUAAGUUGUAUUGUCUAGUGACGAAGAAGACAAUGCCAGUACUGGAAGUACAAACCGUAUUGAGAGCAUCUCUCCGAGACCUGCUGAUUCAGCUUGUUCCUCUCCUGCUCCGUCAUCUGGGAAAGUAGAGGCAGCACUGAAGGAAAAUAGUUUCCUUUUGGAGCAUACAUUUUCUAAUACCCCAUCUGUACCUGAGCCUAGCAUCAUAAUACCGAGAAAAGCAAAAAUGAAAGACGAGGUAACAUAUGCAAUGAUAGUUGUGCAAUUACAGAAAUAUAUUUUUCAUGGCUGCAUUUUCUACGAAAAGGAGUAUCUUGAAAUGUUCACCUCCUCAAAAAUGGAUAUAGAGAUCUUAAAGAGACCAUAUAGUCACCAAACCAAAUUUAGCUUAAUGAAGUAGUUUCUUUGUGCAGAUCAUGCCUGAAGUUUCACUGCUCAAUUUACUGCCAUUUAGGAGUUAAAUCACUUUUGUUUCUGUUUAUGCAGCCCUGACCAUACAUGCAGAUAAGUGUACCUACGGCUGCAUAAACAAAGUGAUUAAACUCCUAAAUGACAGAGAAUUGAGACUACAUGAUGUAUACACUAUGAUUGCUUCAUUAAGCUAAAGUUGUUUUGGUGGCUAUAGUGUCCCUUUAACUGAAGAUCACUUAUACACCACCUCAAAAUGCCUCCUUGGAAGAGGUGCAUGCACAGUCAGCCAUCUUCAAAAUUAUUUGAGCAGCAACCUAUAAUACCUAGUGUGUAUUGUUAUAUUUAGAAGAUAUUGAAAGUUGAUGCAUUAUUGGGAGUUGGACAGGUGCACAUGUAAAAUAUAAUUGUCAAUAAUGACACCAUAUUGUAAUUCUUUACAAUAGAACUUUCUUUGAAUUGAAUUGUCUAUACAGUGCAGCAAUGUAGUGUUUUCCCAUUACUGGGUGCUUUAAGACAUUUUCUCAACUUAUUCAUACUUUUAAAAAAUAUAUUAUUAAAUGUUAAACCAACAUAAAACUCUUCUCUUUUUAGCCUUUUACCACAUAAUUAUUAUGAACUUAAUUUUACUAUUCCUUAAUCUAAUAUACAUCUUUAAACCUAUAGCUUGCAGCUAGAAAAAAACUUUUCAAAUUGAUUUGUGAGAAGUGAAUCCCUUUUCUGACUUUUUUGUGCAUAUAAAGGUUUUUUCCCUUUUGGCUGAUUAUUUUUUUUAUUUAUUUUUUUUAUUGGCUAGAUUCAUUUUUUUUAAAUAUCCUAAUGCACAUGUACAUUAAAUGUUACUAAAUAGCAGACCCCCUCCAUCACCUACCGGGGUCUCUUAUACUGUUCUAUGGGGCUUGAUUUUAUCCUAUAAAAAGUACAAAGUCACGUAGAUCCAGAUAUACUUGUGCAUUGAUGCUUUCAGCUGCUACAGGCGAAUUAAAUGCCUUUUAUUAACUACGGCCAAGCAAGUAGACCUGGGUUUUACCUGUGUGAUAAACUACUUAAAAUUUUUUAUAAACCAUGUCACUAGACUGAAGGAAUAAUAUAAAAAUAAAGGUACUUACACUGCCUCUACGCUAACGUUUCAUGUUUUUUCUUUCCUCGUAGUUUGGCAAUUCGGUCACAGAAAUAUCUGUUAAACGACGCAAAUAUUCACCAUUAGAGAUUCAGUGUGAGUCAACGCCAGUAACUUGUGAAAGUUUUAUCCUGCGCUGCCGAAAUGUACGAAUAGGAACAUUUUGCAGUGUUGUGGAAGAGCCUGUAGUGGUAGGUCCAAAUUUUUUUUAUUUUUUUUUUUUAUUUACAAUUAUAUUGGUAUCUUUCUUUACUGUUGGUUAAAGGUGAACUAUUUUUUUGUGGUUUACAUUAAAGCAUUUAGAUACUAUAAUUGUAUUAAACGUGUGUGAGAAGCUGAACCAGAAUUAGACGUCAUGUAUUUACGUGUUUCUUCUCUUGUCUAUUCCCCUUGCUUCAACCCCUUUGGUUCCUAAUACCCAUUUAAUAAAGGGGAGCGGGAGCAUUUUUUUUAUUUAUUUGUGUGUAUAUUUUAUUUACAGUUCUAGGACAUUUUGACUAUUACAUUUGCAUACAUUUUUAAACCAUUUAAUUUUUUUUACAGUUCUGUCUUGACUUCAUAAAGAUACGUCUGGAAGGUAGGGAAUAUUUUUGUGUAUGAUUGUAAACUAGAUUUAUGGUGGAUGUUGCUUGGGUUCAUUUUCAAAACCAUAGAGGCACAGGCUAUUGUCUUCUGCAAACAAUUUUAUCUAUAGACCGUGCAAGAUUAAAUGAACAGAAAUUACUAGUUUUCAGAACUAGUGAGAAAUGCACUAAGCCUAUGCCCUCAGCUGAACACUUUAUAUAGAUGAUGUUACGCUUCCUCGUUUGCCAUUCAAAUAUUAAUGGGACAUGAGCUCAAAUUACUGUAUGUGCCAUACAAUAAAUAUCCAAUAUCUGGUACUCGUAUGCUGCAUGUGUAUAGAAGAGGAAAGUCUGUAUUCACUUUUAAUAGUCUGGGAAUGUAGAAUAAAGCUAAAAUCUGAUGUCAUUAAGAAUCAUUAAAAAUUUAAGAUAGAAAUGUUGCAAAUUGCAUGAAAUAAAACUGUCUUCUACACUUUUACCUAUAGAGGCUUAAAGGACCACUAUAGUGCCAGGAAAACAUACUCGUUUUCCUGGCACUAUAGUGCCCUGAGGGUGCCCCCACCCUCAGGGUCCCCCUCCCGCCCAGCUCUGGAAGGGGGAAAGGGGUUUAAACUUACCUUUUUCCAGCGCUGGGCGGAGAGCUCUCUGCCUCCGAUCCGCCCCGCCGGCUGAAUGCGCCGCGCGGCAAAACUGCGCGCGCAUUCAGCCGAUCUCAUAAGAAAGCAUUUACAAUGCUUUCCUAUGGACGCUAGCGUGCUCUCACUGUAAUCACAGUGAGAAGCACCUAGGCCUCUAGUGGCUGUCAAUGAGACAGCCACUAGAGGAUUAGGGAAGGCUUAACCCAUUCAUAAUUAUAGCAGUUUCUCUGAAACUGCUAUAAUUAUGAAAAAAUGGGUUAACCCUAGAAGGACCUGGCACCCAGACCACUUCAUUAAGCUGAAGUGGUCUGGGUGCCUAGAGUGGUCCUUUAAUCAUAAGCAGCCAUUUGCCUAACAUUCUGGGAUUAUUGAAAGUGAAUAACAAUUUAACAUUAUAUGCCUGUUAGAUGCAAGUGAAAAAUAUAUAUAGAUGGCUGAUAAUCUACAGAAACAAACACAACACAAUAGUAUAAUACUGUAAAUAAACGUUGAAACUGCGCAAAUAUAAGUGGAACUCACAAGAUGUAGAUGGCAAAAUCGUCUUAGGGUGCCUCCCCUUAGGUAUAUGGGGGGUAUAUCCAGAACUCCAUCUCAGCUGGUUGAUGGUAUCGCCACAAUAUGGAAGUCCAGACUCAGGAAAUGAUUAAAAAUAAUCUGCUUUAUUUUAUAUGUAUGAAAGAUAUAAAAAAACAAAUAUGGUCCAACAUGUUUCGUCUGACAAAAGACUUCUUCAGGGACUCAAUAAUAAAAACAAAUUGUAUAAUGAUUCUACUCACCAGAACAAAUUCAAUAAGCUGUAGUUGUUCUGGUGACUAUAAUGUCCCUUUAAAUACAUUAUAUGCUCGAUGUAUUUUUUCAAGCAAUACUUUUUGCACUUAUUUUGAGCCCUGUAGGCUUCCUUACUAUGAACCUAUGUUUUCAUCAAAAUUGGACUGCUAUUGCGCAUUACCGAAGGUGGAAUGCAAAAUGGCUGCCAUUUGGAACGCAUAUGCCACCCGGAAGUGACAUCACACGGAUCGGAUACCCGCAAAAAUCAUUUGAAGAAUCCCUUGAAACAGCUGGACAUUGUUGUUUGUUUCUGUAGAUUAUCAGCUAUACUCCUCUGCUUUACACACUGGGCUUUACACACUCUGUUGCUUUUCCGUCACACAUUGUUAUGUAAUGGGCAAAUGCAAAUAUUACAAGUUUUAGAAUGAAAUGUUGUAUUUCGCAAACUGACAAGGUGUUAGAAAUGGAACAUAUUGUUUUUCAUAACUGCUUCUUUAAGCAAUAACCUCAGUGCAUAAUAUGUUUGCGCCAUUUUGUCCCAGACGAAUUACAAUAACAAUAAUGCAUAAACAAGCUUCAAGGCUAUACUACAACUCUUUCAGUACACAAUAUACUGUGGUAACCCCAAGUUAAUGGAACUUGCCCAAAUCCGGGAAUCUCCCACGACUGUGCACUUACGUCUUAGUAUAAACAGUUAAGCUAUUCAGACUUUAAGAUGCCAUCUUGAACUAAGUCAGGAAAAUUUCCAUGACGUAUACACCCUUUAGUUAUGACCUUGUAUGUUUGCCAGGAGAGACUUGGAGACAGACGCUGCUCCAUCUUAAAAUGACAGAGAGGCUGACAUGACCUGUUCAGAAGGGUAUGUUAACCUAUUAAUGAUAUUUGCAAGCAUUUAGUUUAAUCUUAUAAACUCUGCUAUAAUGGAUUUUAUAUGUCUAUGUUUAUAUUUUUAUAUAAUAAAUAAAAGACAAAACUAAUGCUUCCAAGACAAUCCUUAUUUUAUAUUGUAUUCUCAAUUAUUUAUAUAUGUUAAAUAGAGGAUAUCUUACACUAACUAUAUAAAAUAAUAAAUACUUAGGUAACCUCUUAUACGUAAGAUAAGACACAAUACUUUGUCAUGGCACAAGUCUUGAAAUAUCAAGCAUCUAUUGAGCUAUUUGUAGCCCAGACUCAGAGAGCGAUCUUCAUCAUGGAGAGAUGAUUUUAAUGUGAACUUGUACAAGGCACUUUAAGUUCAGGUGCCAGGUACAUUGUAAUUAGCAUACAAUGCUGAAAGUUUGUGGAUCUUCUCAUAAGAGAACAAAUAUACAUAAAUGAUCCCUAAUAUGCCUAAUAAACCAGCACAGCAUGGCCCAUUAGUUCCAGGACAGUGGAUUGCAGGCAGGGGGAUAUGUUCUCUUUGUAGCUGCUUAGUAUGCAUGCGCAGGAAAAAGAUUAAUGCAAAAUGUUGUCAAAAGAAAAGUGAUUAGACAGAGCGAUGAAAUUUGAAGUCUAAUUCCAAGAAUGCAAAGAAAAUUGCAUUCUGGCUUAAUGAAAACAUGCAACAGACAGGAUUUUUAAUUAUUGCAUUACUGCGUUCUGGAUUCUAAUGUCCACUAUAUAUAUGAAAAGGUAUGAAAAGUUUUAUAAAACAGUGAUAAUUUCCAUAUUCCAUAUUGUCAGUUAAAAAGUUGAAAUUCAGGAAUUAUAACAGCAUAACUAUUUUUGGAGUCUGGAGUUUCCAGCCAAGGUUGCGGAGAUAGGAGACAUGUAAACAUUCCAAGGAAUUGAGAAGUUGUUUUAUAUUCCAAAUUAUGAACAACAUUAUUACAUACAGUCAUAAAGAGAAAGAAUGGCUUUUAAAUACAUUGAGUGCAGUACACUGCAGCAUAUAUUUUAUUUACUAUAUGCUAACUAGCUCAUAUUUUUUCCUAAACAGAGUUGAAAAUAUACUACCCUCCUAGAAAAAAGGGCAACAGGUGGUUAUACAUCCUUUGCUUCUCUAAAUGCUCUGCAAAAAUAAAUAUUUAUAAAAUGAUUAAAAAUAAUAUAUAUAUAUAUAUAUAUAUAUAUAUAUAUAUAUAUAUAUAUUAAGAUAAAUCAGGUCAAAAUAAAAUUGUAAAUAUAUAGGAUCUCUGAUAACUUUUUUAAAAUGAAAUUAUUAAAGGCUUAUUUAAAUAAAAUGUUAAAUACGUUUACAGCUUUAAAUGUGACCAAAAGAUACUAAAUUAUAUUUUAAGCAGCCAGCCCAAUUCACUAGAAUAGCAUAAGUAUUCUACUAUUUAAGUGCACAAUUCCUGCACAUAAUGACUUUGCUUACUCAGGUACAGUCUUUAGUCUAUUGCAAUGGCAGGAUUAAAGUCCACCAAUUUUAAAAGGGAAAGCUUGCUUAAAUCAUUGGUACUAUCCCACUGUACCUGUAGUGCUAGCAGUAAGGAAAUUGGAACAAUGAUAUUGUACUACUGACUGUAAUCGGAUUAGACACAUGUAAUUUCAGUGAAUUUCAUAAACUAGGUUUUCAUAAAAUAUAAAAUAAAAUUAAAUAUCAAAGUUGUUUAUAUAUAAAUAUAUCAAUGUUUAUAAAUAAAUGUAUGUAGACUAGACAAUAAGAGCAUUUACAUGCAGUCAGCAGCCUGCUCUCUCAGAACCAGAAACGGAUUUGUAAAAAAUUAAAAAUAAAAAGUCCACAGUCAACCAUACAUGAAGGGUGAAAUAAUUGCUUCUUUAAAAGCUAUAUGCUGCCGCAAUUAUGUAUAUAAAUACCGAUUAGGGCACAGAGUAGAAAUAAAAAUAGUUUUAAAUCUCACAUGGGGAUUCAGUUCCACCACAUAUUCUACAAUUCUGAAAGAGGCUAAUUUUAAUAUGUUGUAAGAGCAUUGUGAAUGAAUAUAUAUAUUGCAAAAUUAAUUUGAUAUUGCAAAGCCUGCAAUAUUCUAAACAGACAUUAAAAAAAUAAUAAUAAUGCUUUAAAAAAAAAAAAAGGUGUCAAAUAAACUGAUAAUGCUCUGAUAUAUUAAAUCACAUUGCAUAUCACAUAUCUGCUAUAUGAAAAGUAUAAUUAAAGUGACAUUACUGUCCAAUGCCCCCUCACAUCUAUUUUAUAGAAUCUAUACUUUUUAGUGGUCACCUCCAAAGAAGCUUCGGAAACCUUGGGGGCUCAUCCCAAAAGGAAUCAGAUUCCAGACUUAAAGAAAAAUAAAUGAUAUAAAAGGAAUCACGGAAACACCCGGAACAUGCAUUUUUGUAUCUAAUCUUAAUUUGCAAAUAUAUAUGUUAAAUAGAGGAUCUCUUACACUAACUAUAUAGAAUUAUGGCUAAGAUAUCUUUAUGGUUAGCCCUACUAAGUUCUAUGCUUUAAGACAUUAUAGUGGUAAAUAAGGGAACCAGCCGCGGUUACAGUUAGAUGCAAGUGCCAGAAAGCUUUAAAUUGUUUCCAAUAUAAGAAUAUUUAAAGGGACACUGUAUGCACCAUAACUGCAUCAUUUCAUUGAAUUUCUUAGAACGUCUGUGGUCCCCUGGCUCUGUCCUUCCAUUCAGCAAUAAUCUGUUUGUAAUGUAUUAAUGCUAAACAAGAAUUUCCAGCAGCAUAUCCCUUCAGUGGUGUUUCAGGUAAGGAGAAAGCAUUAGCCUAAACAGCAAUAGGCGACCAUGAAUGGUUGAGAGUGUCAGCUGACUGCAAUCUUCCCAUUACGUUACCAUUGCAGACAAGUAUGCAAUCGCUGUCUUUGCCAUACCUCCAGUGCAGCGGUAUGGGAAUCUUCAUUCAGUGUUAAACUGUUAAAAAUAAUUUUAACACUGACUGAAGGGACCGUGCCAGGAGUCUCCAGGCACUAUAAUCAUUUCAAUGAGUGAAGCACUUUAAGUGCCAGCAUUGUCCCUUCAAGAUAGAAACUUAUUACGGUGUAUUUGUUUCUUAUGCUAAAACAUAUGCUACACCUCAAAAACCAGUUGGACUCUGGUGUUCAAGGUUAUUUAUUACUUAAAAUAUAUUUUUCAUUUUAUUUUUGUGAUUUUAUUUUAAGGGCUGCACAGGGUAGAAUGAACAGAUGUUGAAAAGUAGUGAGAGCGUUUUUGUCCAAAUAUUUAUACAAAAUAAGCACGCAGUUUCUUAGAAAAUAAACCUCUUUUGAAUUCUGGGAUUUUUCAAGCCCAAAUCGGUUGGGAGGAGUUGUUUUUUUUCAUGUGAUCACCUAUGCAAUUUCUAAUAUUAUGUAUUUUUUUUUUCUUUCAUAGCUCUUCCUGGUGCUGCAGAAGGGCAGGAAAUACAUUUAAAAGCAUCAGAUCUUACUAAAAGUGAAUGGUGCAGUGCUCGGAAACUCCCUGUAGUAUUUUUUCAAACUAUUCCUGCUACUUGUCAAAGUUUGCGAUCCCAUCUCAAAAUGAGUAGAGAUAAUGGCAUUGGAUGGUAUGAUUGUAGAUCUCCAAGUAAGUUGAUUUAUUAAUAUUAAAAACAUUGCCUGCAUUGUUUUAUCUUUUGCAUCAUAUUGCAUACUAAUGUAUUUUAUUAUUUUUUACAAUUUCUAAACCGUACUAUUGUGAGUUGUGUAAACUUGCAGAGAUCUGAAUAUUAUUGUGGUAGAGAGAGACUUAUGUUUUUUGUCUUUUACUUCAUAUUCUCUCUCUAAAUUAGCCAUGGCCUGCACCAUUUAAAUAUUUUGUCGUGUGGUAUGCUGUGCAAUCUCAAAUAGCUUAAAGAGACACUAUAGUCAGCAAAACAACUUUAGCUUAAUGAAGCAGUUUUGGUGUAUAUAUCAUGCCCCUACGGUCUCACUGUUCAAUUCCCUGCCAUUUAAGAGUUAAAUCAAUUUUUUUUUUUUUAAUUUUUUUUUUUAUAUAGCCCUAGGCAUACCUCCAUGCAUGUGACUUACACAGCCUUCCAAAUCACUUCCUGUAAAGAGUCUUCUAAUGUUUAUACUUCCUAUAUUGCAAAUUCUGUUUAAUUUAGAACUUAUCUCCUUCCCUGCUAAUAACUUGCCAGACCCUACAGGAGUCUCCUGUGUGUAUUUAAAAGUUUAAUUUACAGAGCAGGAGAUCAAAACUUUUAAAGUAAGUUACAUUUUGUUUCCAUGCAGUGUGGGUCAUUCACAGACAGGGAAGGUGUGACUAGUGAUUUAACUCUGCAGUGCAACUUCAUCGGCAUGAUCUACACACAGAAACUGCUUCAUUAAGCUAAAGUUGUUUUGGUGACUAUAGUGUCCCUUUCAAAUGUUAGGAGAGUUUACUGAUGCAUUGACAUUUAAUAAGUAAAGUGACUGUAUUUGAUCUAGUUUAUGUUGGCCUGCAAAAGUUCAGGACAAAUAACCAAUAAUGGCAAGUAUUUCAUUCUGACUGACUGCUUAAUCUAAAAAAUGUUAGUAUAUUUAAAUCAGACCUGUCACCUGAAAUUUUCAUUAAAAUCUAUUUCUUUGUAGAUCACUUUAAAACAAUAUAAUUAAUAUUAUUAGCAUUUACAUUGCAUCACCAUAUCACGGCGCAUUACAAUUAUAAAAUGGUAAUAUUUGACAAAUAAUUUUCAUACAGAAUAUAACAAACUAGAGGUAAAGUAGGCCCUGCUCAGACAAGCUUACCAUCUAUGACAGAUAAAUCCUAUUGUAUUUUAAUCAAGCUGUAGUAUGUUAAGCUGUAAAUGCCACGUUAUCUAACAAAAUUUAAUAUCAAUUUUUUUUUCCCCUGGUGUAUAGUGGUAGUACAUUUAGGGAUGUUCUGCAUCAGAAUAAAGAAACAUAGGUGGAGAAAAAGUAAAACUGUCUAUAACGAUUUCCUAUAAAAUGAGACCGAAUAGGGAGACAAAAGUGUAGAUGUACCAAUAUAUGUAUAUGGAUAAAUAUUUAACAACUGUAGUUCGUAACACUCACAAAACUGUUGCCAGUUAAAACAUUUGGCUCAAGUGUAUGAGACCGUAGAAUUUGUAAGAGUAAUCCUGAUCCCUCUUCUAUGCAGUAGUCUGCAGCUUUGGCAGAUACUAUAGGAGUAAGGAAAAGGUCCAUUGUGUAAUUGUGUAUUUUGCUUACCAUGGGACAACUUGCCACCAUCUAAAAAUUAAAACAAUUUGGUUAUCCUGCCACCUUGUACCUUAAGGGUCCCCCUGUGUCCUGCAGGUCAUUUCUUUCUUGCCGGAUGGUAGCUUCAAGAUAUUGCAGGAUGGAGGGAUAGGCACGGGAUGCUAUGGUAAAUUAGCUCCCUGGUUGAUGACAUGAGAGCCAGCCAUGUUCUCUGGAAUUUUACAAUGUGUUAUAAUGUGCAUGAUGUAGGUGCAUCCAGUGUUUGAGGCAGUCCUGCUAUCUCUACUUCCAUUGGCAGGUAAGGGAGCCCUGCGCACAUUAUUGGAAUGCAAAUCUUGAUUGUGUUUGCAUUCCGAGCGUAUUACUGCAUGCGCAAUAGGAAACGCAGUGUUUUACUCAAAAUGUAAACAUUUUAAAGAUAUUUCAGGAUGUAACCGACUCACAAGUGUGCAUUUCAGUUCAGGUUUUCCUUUGUCAUCAGCCCUCCUCAAUAGUGAUGUCCCGAACGGUUCGCCACGGACUCCUCAUUGAGUAAACUUUGACCCUGUACCUCACAGUCAGCAGACACAUUCCAGCCAAUCAGCAGCAGACCCUCCCACCUCCUGGACAGCUCACUAAGAAUGCAGCUUCACAAUGGAUGCUGUACAGGAGGGGGGAGGGUCUGGGAGGGAGGGUCUGCUGCUGAUUGGCUGGAAUGUGUCUGCUGACUGUGAGGUACAGAGUCAAAGUUUACUCAAUGAUGAGCCCGCGGGAACCGUUCCGCGAACCGUUCCGCGAACUGUUCCGCACAUCAUUACUCCUCAAUAGUCCAAAGUUAUUCUAAGGUUAAAGAAACAUUCAUUAGCUUUAGAUUUAUCUUAUAGAUGUCUGGUCCGGUUUCAUCUGAUAAGGACCCAAUGGAUAAGGUUCCACCUCAUCCUGCGACCAGACUAAAAGCUACGUGAAUUACACAAAUCUAAACACCUGUCUGGCGCUUAAUGUGCUAAUCCAUUACGGGAUGGAUGCAAAAAGAAGUUAUGUAACCAUAGCUCUUCUGAGGCUUUAGAAAAAUCCAAAGAAAAAGAGAUGCAUUCCUUUUUGAACCGGUUUCAGGAAAAUUUGGCGCAGACAUUCAAAGAUUUUAAUGAAUCUACGGUCACGACUACAGUGCAUUCAAGUAGGUAGGAAAAAUCUGUGAGGGGAAAAAGAGACAUAGGUUAACAUCUCCUUAGGAUUUAUCAAGAGUGUUCUCAUAUCUUUGAAUCUUCUGUUUUGAAGCAAGGAAUCAGAAUCUUUCCAGUAGAAGAAAUAAGUACGUUCAUGAAAAAAGUUUGCCAGGUUAUAAAUGACUGUGAUUCAGAUAAAAAGAAGGGGGAAAUGAUUUCCUUUACGCGCAAAGUUCUUCAGCUUUUUGAAUUGGGAAUGGAUGAAUCCUGAGAAGAGGGUUUAAUUUCAUAGCAACUUAAAAUUUGAUUUAGGUUACAGGAUUGGGAAUCCUGGGAAGAUCUACUUAAGGUAGAUGUGCCAGUGUCUCAGAUGUCCAAAAAGACUAUACUACCAAUUGGAGAGGUAGCUGGUCUUAGAGACACCAUGAAUAAAAGAGCGGAGACAUCUUGCAGAUGUAAAUUUAGUAAGCUGCUUAUCAAAGUCAACCCAUCAUUACUGGAGCAGCAAUCGCCAGAGCUCAGAAUGUGUGGCUUCAAGCUCUAGAAGAUUGCUUAUUAGGAGUUCAGCCGGGUUACAAAUCAAGGGAUAAGAACAUCAAACCAGACAAACGUCUCAAACUAUGAUACAGGUUUAAGUUAGAAUUAAAGCAUUCAGUCACCCAAUGGAUGCAAAAUACAAUAAAGCACGGUUACAGAAUAAAAUUCAUAUGAAAACCAUUCUCCCAAUUUCUACAUUCCAUGUAUGUUUCUCCAGUCAAGAAUUAUACUACCCUUAUAGCAUGUCUAGAAGAAAAGAAAAAAAAGAGCGUAAUAGAACAGUUGCCAAAAAGGAUGUUUUAUCAGGGCAUUUACCACAGGCUCUUCCUGGUUCAAAUGCCAGGCAAGACUUUUUUUGACCAAUCCUAGACUUUAAACACAUGAACAAAUGUACCCAAUAGCAAUGGUUAAAGGGACACUAUAGUCACCAGAACAACUACAGCUUAUUGAAUUUGUUCUGGUGAAUAGAAUCAUUACCUUCAGGCUUUUUGCUGUAAACAUUGUCUUUUCGGAGAAAAUGCAGUGUUUACAUUACAGCCUAGUGAUAACUUCACUGGCCACUCCUCAGAUGGCUGUAGAAGAUCCUUCCUGGGUCAUGGCUGCCUAAAAUGCAUCCAAACAUUCAAUGUCUCCUCCCUCUGCAUGCAGACACUGAACUUUCCUCAUAGAGAUUCAUUGAUUCAAUUCAUCUCUAUGAGGAGAUGCUGAUUGACCAGGGCUGUGUUUGAAUUGUGCUGGCUCUGCCCCUCAUCUGCCUCCUUGUCAGUCUCAGCCAAGCCUAUGGGGAAGCAUUGUGAUUGGAUCAGGCUACCCCUUCUGAUAUCAGCAGACAGCUUGUUUUUCUGAGGCAAACAGCAUUUAGAUCUAAAGCUUCAGGCUUGAAUACAGUAAGAUUUUACUAUAUUUAUGGUGGCAUGAGGGGCCCAAGGGAGCUUGAUGGUGGUUUUAACACUAAAGGGUCAGGAAUACAUGUUUGUGUUUCUGUCCCUAUAGUGAUCCUUUAAGGAUGUAGACCAUCAUAUAUGAGCGAUACAUCCUGCAAAAAGGAGAUUUCAUAGCCACGCUAAAUCUUCAUGAAGCCUACCUGCAUGUUCCUAUGGCAAGAUAAUUCCUAAGGUUUGCUAUGAGGCCAUAAAAACUGCUAAUCCACUAUUAGUUCAUGCCUAUUCCAUUCGGUCUUUCCACUGCUCUAAGAACUUUCACAAAAUUUCUCCUAGCUAUAUUUCACUUUGGAUUGCAAGAUUUGGCUUAGGAUAUUUUGAUACAAUUCAGAUUCUUUAAGGCAAUCUGGAAGUUAUGUCCUCCAAGAAUAUAUUGGGUUUACUAUCUUUUAUCAGGAUAAAAUGGCUUCUACAUCCAAAACAAUCUAUUUUAGCUAUGGUUCUCAGCAAGGCCAAUUUAGGCAAGUCCAUUGUCGUACCAUCGCUAUAAUAGUCGCCGUCUCUUCCAAAAGAAGGGCUGCAUCAAUUUGAUGUUAAAAGAGCUUUAGAAGUUUAUAUACGAAGAUACACCAUUUUUAGGAAUUCAGAUAAUCUUUUUUUUAUUUAUAUUGCGGGUUUUUACAAAGGCAAAGAAACAUCUAAGCCGUCUAUUGCUCGCUGGCUUAAGGACACUAUCAGUAUGGCAUACAAUAUAAAAGAUAAAGCUUCCAACGGGCAUAAUAGCUUGUUUUACCAGUGCUAUGGCUACUUCUUGGGCCGAAAAGGUGAUGGCAUCACUUGAAGACAUUUGCAGGGCAGCAACAUGGACUUAUUUCAACACUUUCAUCUAUUACAGGCCAGACUUAUUUCUUUGGCUGAAGCAUUUUUCCAGUGUAAGGUGUUACUAGUUGUAGUUACGUGAUCGGACUCUCCCUUCUGUUUUAUUCUCAUAUCCCUAAUGUACUGUUGCUAUAGGACAGUAAAAAACUAAAUUUUACUUAACUGUAAAUUAUUUUUUUUUCUUAGUAUAGCGGCAGUACAGAAUUCCCUCCCAAACUUGUAAUAAAUUGUCUACUUUGGCAUAUAUUUCAGUCUGGUGUCUUUAUUUCUUGCUAUUACUGACUUGCAGUGGCCCUUUUAAGGUGCAAGGGGGUUGGAUUCCUAAAUUGUUUUAAUUUUUAAGUGAGGCCACUUGUCUGGCAGUAAGCAGAACAUCAUAAUGUACUGCUGCUAUACUAAGGAAAAACACAUUUCUGUAUGGAUUUAGGAAUUACAUCACUUAUUUUUUCAGAAUCCUUCACUAACGUAUGAAUUCUAGGGAAUUCGAAGUGAAUUCAAACUACAUUUCAAAUCAUAGGCUUAAGCUUCAAAUUAGAACAUUUCUCCAAGGCAGUUAAGGUUUCUCUUCAGUAAUUUUGCCUUAAAUUGUAAAUUCACAUUAAACUUCCCACAGCUCACGCUUUAUAUGAAGAACUCUGAGAGCGACUGUGGUUGAGAUCUUUCUUUAUUGGCAGUUAUUCAACCUGAGAUUAAAACAAAACAAAAGCCAUCAAUAUCCCAGCCACCCACAGUGCAAGGAAGAGUAAGUUUCCACUUGAACUCCGUGGUGUAUUUUUGGUUUUGUUUUGCCAUAGGCAUAACUAAAUUUGGGCACCUCCUAAUCUAAAUUUCCCUGACCCGUUCCUGAUGGCACCUCUUCCUGUUUAAGACCAACAUACACUUUGACUGAUAAGCACAUACCCUCACUGAUACUAAUACUGAGGUACACUUACUGACAGACACGCUGUUUAACCAACACACAUGUUCACUGACUGACAUAUUCUUUGAAUUAAUCUUGCACACACUCACUGGCAGCCACACACUCACACAGACCCUUAGUGAUACUGACACACUCACACACAGCUUUCUCAUACAGUCACUAAUUAUUUUUUAUUUUGAUUUAAAGCCCACCCAGCCUCCCUACUACUUGGGAGAGCUGGAGUGGAUUCUUUCCUACGGGUCCAGUGUGGAUCCUUUCCCUUGGGUCCAAUAUGGCUUCUGUCAUCUUCUUGCUCUCUUCCCUCACGCGCCGGGGCUGGAGUGAUGUAAUGUUCUGGCUCCCUCCAUCACAUCAGGGCACAGAUUACAGCUUUCUUGCUGCCUGCCUCGAUUGCACUCGGCUGUCAGCCGCCCACCUCAGGGAUGCUCUUAAGAUGGCCCCUCAUGACACGAGUUUAACAAGGCAUUUGUUAUAGUUGCGUGGUCGUUUAGGAACAAUGUUUUUGUUUUUGCCAUGGAGUGAUUCAAUGAGUUCUAUGGCAACACUCUGAAUCUUUACCCAAUGCCAACCAGAGAUAGCACAUGUGCUGUGCAAACCAAAUAAUCAGUCCACUGGAUGUCCAGGCAUCAACUUUUCUCCCUGCCCAAUGGUAAGCUAUAUGGAGGGGUAACUAAACUUGUUUUUAUUUUUUUUUUGUUUGUAUCCCUACAACACAGACUCUGCCUCCCCCACACACAUACAUUACAACCCUUGUUUCCCCCUCGCACACACUGCAGCCUCCACAAGCACACUUUACUACCAAACUGUACAGCCCCUGUCAUGUCACACAAAAACACACACUACAGCUCUCCACAAACACCACACCACAAUCCACACAAAUCUGCAACACCACAAACAGUGUCCCUACAAGCACACAAUACUGCAAUACUGUAAGCAGCAUCUCCACAAACACGCAAUAUCUCAUGCAUCACCCCUCUCUAAACUUGGACUUCAAAGGACAAAAAAAAUGGAUAAAAGUUGGUACAUUAGGUGGAGCAACAAGUUGCAAGGUGCAAAGGUGUGGGCCCAUUGGGAUGGGCUUGGUGCUUCACCUAGGGCCACGGAAAUGUUAAGUCCUGUCAUACACACUAUGAGUUUUAGAGCCAGUAUUAGUUCUUAUUAAUAUUAAUGGAGAUACAGAUUUUCAGAUGCAGUAUAACUUAACUGUUAAACUACUAACGCCAACAAUUUCAACCUAAAAACAUAAUGUAAGCUUUUUUUUUUUUUUUUGGGUCCGCACUACUUAUUAAAUAGAGCAAUACAAUCAUGAGAGACGACAUUGCUUGUAAAUAAAAAUAAAUAAGGCAGCUGUUGAUAUAAAAUAUGUGUGUGUGUGUGUGUGUGUGUGUGUAUAUGUAUGUGUGUGUGUAUAUGUAUAGUAAUGACCUGCUAUGUUUUUCAUUGAAUUUAUACUUUAAUUUUACAGAAGUCUAAUGCCUCCCUUUUUUUUAUUUUAUUUUAGAUGUAGAUGAGCAGUAUAUUGUUUUAAUCUUUGAAGAUGCAUUGAAACCAAAAGAAAACUCUGUUCUUGAAGAUAUUCUGAAUGGUAUUGGUAUCAGGAAUAACCUCUCAAAAUUUCUUGUUAAAAUUCAAUUUGAAGAGGCCAACGGGAGGCUUGUUGCCUUCACAAAAAACAGCGAAGAAAUGACGUCUGUUCAAAUGGACAAUCUAAACAAAAGUGUAAUUUUUCAUUUUAUCAUUUCCUUUCAUUACAAAUUUACAUUUGUAAUUAAAAUAUGGAUCUGCUGCUCCAAUAUUGGUGCCUAUAAAGUGAUGUCUCCCUAAUAAGCUAGAUAAGAUGUCUCAAUCCAUUAUUCAUUUACUUUUGUAUUUUUUUAACCUCUUAAGGACACAUGACGGAAAUAUUUCGUCAUGAUUCCCUUUUAUUCCAGAAGGGGUUAAAUUUGCUGGAGUUAUGUUUGUUGGGGGGGGGGUAGGAGGGAGCAAACUGUUGACUAAAUUGAAAGCACUCCAAAUCGUUUCCUACAGGUUUUUGAUUUUGAAAUUAUUUGUGCAAUUUGUUAUAUAUUUGUAUUAUAAGGGGCACUUAAACAAGGAAGAACCUCUAAACUAAUGAAUCUCACUCUCCUCAGUCAAAUUAACCUUAGGGUACUCGAACACUUUAAGUGGAUUAUUCGCUAAGCAGUACAUUUAUAACAUAUUAAGGGCAUUUUAUUUUUAUUACUGUGCUAUAUUUUAGAGUGCUACCUUUAUUGUAUCCUCCUUUUUAGGACCUGCCAGCAACAAUUAGGUCUUUUCACAGUUACCUUUCACUACAUUAAUUACUUUGUUUACCGUGGCUAUUAAAGGAGCACUAUAGUGCCAGGAAAACAAACGUGUUAUUAGGUGUCUUCCCCCCCCUCCCUCCCUUCAACCACUUUCCUUAAUCCAGCGCUGGGCUCCCUCGGCCCUGGUGACCUCUCCUCCUCCUGCCAAUGUCUGCUCCGAAUGCGCAUGUGUUUCCUAUGGACGUCCAGCGUGUCCUCAAUGCGACUUUCAAGGAGACAGUCACUAAAGGCUGGAUUAACCCUGGUUUACAGCCGCGGGGUUAAAACUAGGGGGACCUGGCACCUAGACCACUUCAUUGAGUUGAGGUGGUCUGGGUGCCUAUAGUGGUCCUUUAACAAUACUGCCUUAUUGCUGACAAUGUAUAUAUUUACAUCUUUACUCUUCUAUGAUUAACCCCCUCAAGAUGUUAAGGCGUGCUAUGCUGUCCUACAAAAAGAGUGCUUUAAUGAUGUUUGGGUGGCAUAGCACUUACUAACAAACUGGCCCUUCCUACCGGCACAAAUACUUAUCCACCAUGUCGUUUUUGACAGCCCAGAUAGCCAACAUGCAGCAAAUCCUGCCGGUGUCAUAUGAUUGUGGUGACACCGCAAUCACAUGACUCUGAUCAGGUGGAUUGGCUGCGGAGGGACUGCCUAGAUUGUCAGUCAGGUACCCACAUAUAGAUAUACAUCUAUCUCUAUAUCUGAGUAUCUGCCUGACAACAUAGACAGUCCCCCUGCAACUGAUCAUGUCAUGUGAUUGCGGUGUCACUCGGAUUCGCAGGAUUUGCCACAGGGGGUCUAUCUGGGCUGUCAGUUGGCACUGUGAGUAAGUAUUCAGGUUGGAGGGAGGGCCAGUUUCUUAGGGCAUUUUAUUUUUUUUGCAUAAUAGCAUAGCACGCUUUAGCAUCGGGAGGCGGUUAAUCGCAGGAGAGUAAAGAUUUAAAUAUAUACAUUGUUUCCAAAGGCUUUAUUGUUAAUUAAAAAAUAAUACUAUAAUUCAAAACAGCCCAGCAGAAAUACCAGAUCAUUUAAAUUUGAAGCCUUCCUUGAUGACUGACUUUGGCUCCCAUUCCUCUAUAAAGAAUUAUUAUACUCCAUAAUUUUCUGUGGCCGAUCCUGACUGUACUGCACAUGCAUGUGUGAUAUUAUGGUAUGAGAGCUGGGAAGUAACAUUCACAGCUACCAUACCCAGAGAACCUGAAAGCUUUACUUGCAAGCCUUCUGUUUAGAUUCAUUUUGGUAUUUGGGGGGUAGUCUUAAGGAGAAAGGCGGCAGGACUGCAGGCACUAUAACAAAUUUGAUAAGAUGAUAGGUGUUACAGUGCCUACAGUGUCCCUUUAAGAUCUCUGGUUAGACAAAUUAUAAAAUAUAUAACACAAAAAGAUAAUUGUAUAGUGCACGCUAUCUAAUAAAUACAGCAAAACAAAUGGAUUCUGAUAGACAGCAACAUACAAAUAGGGAGUGGCUAUGAGCCACUCACACAUCCACAAGUCCUCAUGAUCUCUGGAUCUUAUUAUAAUAAAGCCAAAAACCGGUCAGUAGAACUUCUUCUGCUUCCAGAAAUAUUUUAUUCACAAAAUGCAAAUAUAAUCAUCAAACAGACCCAUUGUAAAAGAAAUUGCCUUGUAACACAGCAUUCUUUCUAACCCAUUGUGGAUAUAGCCAAUUCAGGGUAUCUGGUUUAUGCUGUAAUCUUUUAUGGAUGCACCUUAAAUUAAUUUGGCAUCAUUGCAUUAAAUAUUUUGCACAUAUAUUAUCUUGUACACUAUUAGCUCAAUAUUGUGCUCAAUUUUACUUGCAUUAGAUUUUUUUUAUUAAGUUUUAGUGCCCAUUUUUGUGCACUAUUUGUUUUGGAUAAUUAUUUGUAUGCCUUUUAUAUAAUGGAAAAACUAAAUCUCUUAUGUAGAGCUGGUAGACAAAUCUAAAAGGAUCAUAUAUUACAAUACAUUAGGGGACAUGUAUUGAAGUGUCCCAGAGAGUUUUGCACUUUUUUAUUUUUUUUUUGGGCAAAAUAUAUUAAACCUGCCCUUUUAAUUUAUUUACUAUCAUUCUUUCAAUCCCUUUUCCCCAGAAAAAAAAAAUGUAAUUUCUUUUUUUCCACCACUCGUAAAGGAACACUUGGGGCCCUAGAACUCCUUCAUCAAAAUGAAGUUAUGGUGCAAGGAAGUCUCUGGCACGGUCUUACCGUUAGGGGUUAAACAGUUCGUGAAAGGUUUAACCUAAGUCUCCACUCCAGCACCGUAUGUCUCGUUCCCCUCGGCAUCCGCUUAGUUUAAAUCUUCAGGACAGACCUUUUUCAAGCUUUUUAUAUGAAUGGGGAGCUACUGAUUUGGCUUAGAGCAUCAGUUGACUAUUCAGUGGCUCCAAGCUAAUCAAUGGUGCCCCUGCCUAGCGGCUCUUACAGGCUUUCAUUCUGUAGAUAUUGACAAAACGCUUGUGGAGAGGGCAGAGAGAGUCUGAGCUGUGAAGAGCUUUUGGGGUUAAACUGUUCACGAACUGUUUAACCAAUAAACAUAAGACUGUACCAGGGACGUCCUGGCAGCAUAACAACUUUGUUUUGAUGUCUGUUCCUUUAAUUUCAUGUUAUUUUCUGAAAUGGAUAUUCCUAUGAAAAAAUGCAGUCAUUUAAUAAGCAAAAAAACCACCACUUUUAAAAGUAAUUUUAAAACCAUUAUUUAAUAGUGUUAUUUCAUUUUUUGUUUCAAUUAGGUUUAACAACUCCCUCACCCCCACCUUUGACAUUUAAAAUGUUUUAAAUAUUUCUGAAAUAGGCUGUUUCUGAAACGCGGAUGAAAUUGCGUAGUGCAAAUUUGCAGUUCUACACUGGUGACGAAGAUGAAGUUGGAGAUACACAUACAGUCUUUGUCGGCCCGAUAGAAAAGUAGGUUUACUUGUACAUUUAUUUUUUGCUAUUUGUUUAUCACUGUGUUUUUGUUUUUCUUUUGGUUAUGCUAGAAAAUCUCCACUAACACUAAUAGUCCCCUUGGAAACAUAUAUACUUAGCUGUGUGUUCCAUGUGCUCAGCAAGGACAGUGGUAAAUAGGGAGGGGUAGGAGACCUGGCAAGAGAAGAAUAUUUGUAAUGUGCAUUACAGAAGGCAUUUGAUUUUGGUGGAGUGUUGGAAAAUAUAAUUAUAUCUUUAUUAGUUUAAGAUUCACUCCAAAUGAUAUAUUCUUUUCAGUGAAGGUGUUGUGGAGGUUGGAGUCCUUGGAUGUCGUCGUCUCUCAGGGUUAAAAAGGUUUCAGACGUUUGAUUCUCUGUCUAUGACUAACCCCCCCCCCAUUGCAAGUAACAUUAUAUGUUUCUUUGUAACUGUACCUAAAAACUUAAUUGAGAUGAGUGUUCCUUGAAUGAAAUAGUUAUUAAACAUAGUUAUUAAACAUGCCUGUAAGCCAAUGCUGAAGUAGCCUCUUCACAACAGCCUUAUUUACUUCUGCUUAUCAUGGAGGGUUAUGAUUGUUGGCCAGUGUUUCUCAGAAACAGCACUGCUUUCAGCUGCUGGGGCAACAAUAUAUAUGCACCAAAAAACCCUUUUAUUAAGAUGAGUUGAUUUUAGUUAUUAAACAGUCCUAUUAAUAUAAUUGAUAUGAGUUUCGUGCAUUAGGAAAGACAUGUAGUACUGUUAAAACCUGAAGGAGCUAUCGCAUGCUUCAUCAUCUGUUUCUAUCAGGAAAAGGACUACUGAAAGAAGACAACCACUAAAGACACUUCCUCCUUAAGACCUUUGAUUUAUUUAAGUCUUCGUGUCUGGGGUCAUCAUGAACAACAUGAUGUUGAAUACUUCUAAUGUUUCUCCUAGAGAAACAUUAGACUCUGUGCUUCUCUUUGAAGCAUUGGAUUUAUGAAACAUGGCAAUAGCAAUAUAUCCUAUGGCACCAAUUCUUCUCUACAAGAAUCAGUGAAUUGGACAAGUGUCAUCAAAACUGGAAACUUCAUUGGUGGAGGAGGAGCAGCAGUAAGAAGUCUGUCCCUUUGAUGGAUUACAGAUAAUCUAGUCUUCUUUUCCUUUAACUCUUCACAAAAACAUUUCACAGAAACAUUUCAAAUAAGAGUUAAAUUAUUUUGGUUUUCCUUUGAACUUCACCUAACAUUUUGGUCAUUUCUAUUAUAAAUAUUGUUCAUAGCAUACUGCUCCAAUCAAAUAAUUCAACCCAUAAAAUUAGCUUCUACAUUUUAUUUUUUGUUUAGUUCUGGGAUUAUCUCCUGAUCAUGUAAUUUAUUCUCAAAAUUUGCAUACAACAUUUAUAUAUAUUUUGUAUUAUUUUGAAUUGGUUGUUUUUGCAUAUUAAUAUAGAUAUAUUCUGUGCGGCACAUGGUAGACUUUCAUUUCCAGUCUGUAGUGUUAAGAGUGGUAGUUUAACUGGCAAUGUUUUGUAGCGAAAAGAUUCUUCUGUUCCUAUUACAAAGGCAUUUUAUCUAAACUUGAAAUGUCCUAUUGGCAUUCUCAUAUCUCCCUGCACUUUGGCAUUCUAUUUCAUCAAGACAACAUCUGCGAUUUUUUCCGUUUUAUGCUUAAUAGUAGUAGAAUGAUUUCUGUUAACAUUGAUGUAUAUUGCUCUACUUUCUAUUGCCAAUAUAAUUAACGUUUGUCAUUUAUUUUCAAGAUUAAUCGUUUAUCCACCUCCACCGGCUAAAGGUGGGAUAUCGGUCACCAAUGAAGAUCUCCAUUGUCUAAAUGAAGGGGAAUUUUUAAAUGAUGUAAUUAUAGAUUUCUACUUGAAGUAAGUUUUGUUUUUCACUAUUAUUGUUUUCUGAAAUAAGUGCUUUAAAAAAAGUUGCUAGAAUAAACUUCUAUAUAAACGCAUUAUUUACAUGUUAGAACACUUAUUCAGUACUUAGUUAUUUUUUUAGCUAUAAUUAUAUAUAUUUUAAAUGUUCUUUUUAUAAGAAUAUUUCUGUUACAGUUUUAAAAGAAGAAUAACAACAAUGACAGCAAAAGAUCUUCAGCUAUAAGCAUAUAUACAAGAGUUUUUUGUAAUAUUAGCCUGUUCACAAUUAACAUAAAAUACACACAGGGGUGCGUGGCAUGGGUCACGAUUGGAGCAAGAGAGCUCCGCUACCCCAGGUCCUUUAGAGCAUUUAAAUACUCAAAUUUUGCUAGCUAAUGGGAAAACAUAGUGACCAGGGAACCUCCCUGGCACCCUCACCUCAAGAUUUUUCAUGCCUGAUGGACGAAUUCGUGUUCGUGCCGGACCGCCUACAAGGACCCAGGCAUCUGGAAAACAUGGCGCUGACAUCACAGGGGUCCAACAGGAUUGCAGACCAUGCAAAACUUGCCAUAAGAAGACACACUGGCGCAGAUUUCCACGUAGCUGGCUACUAUUUUUGCAAAUAUGCAAUCAGAUAAGAGGUAAUAGCGCCUUGAUGUACUUCUUGAGGUAGAGGUGUUUCCAGAAGUAGAAUAUGUGGAGACAGAAAAUAUAGCAAAAUUUAGAGUGGUAUACCCUGUAACUAUUAAAAUAAUAAGAAAAUGACACUCAGUUUGUAGAGUUAGGAUAGCUCUAUCUAGAUGCGCCUAAGGAGAUGUGUCUUAUCUUUAAGUGCUGUAGUGCAAAGAACCUUCAACUGGAUACAGUAGGUCCGGAUGAUAUCAGCCCCGCAUUAUGGGCUCAAAGUAUGGAGCAAAUUUAAAAUAUUAACUAAUUUCUUAGAUUUGCUUGUUAAAAAAAAAAAUAUAUAUAAAUAUAUAUAUAUAUAUAUAUAUAUAUAUAUAUAUAUAUAUAUAUAUAUAUAUAUAUAUAUAAUAGUAAUGUACACUUAGUAAGUAAUAGUGUAUUUUACAAUUUGUGUGUAUAUAUAUUUUUUUUUUUAUAGAAUUGUUUUAUUAACUAGCAAAUCUAAUAAAGUAGUUCAUAGUUUAAACUUUAUACUUUUUUUAGACCUAUACUUUUGCCAAUCCAUACGCCCCUAAUAGAAAUCUGCUUCUGUUUUGUUCCAAGACUCUGAUAUUACUAGAGAACUUUAAUGAGUGCUUACUCGUAGUGGCAUGAGACCUUGAUCUGAUACUAGACCCACGUAUGGAUACCUCGCACAAUCCAGCGAUGCUGUCAGUAAAGGACACAGGUUGCUCUACUCCACUUUAAACUCCAUGAUUGCUGGACACUAUUCGGCAGCAUAGUUCCAUAAACUAUAUUUUUCUGACACAGUAGUUCUUGUCCCUGUUGGUCUCAUGUGAUAUGCAGAGGGAAGCCUGGUCCAACCACUCACCCAUCUCUGCUCACACCAGCUUACCUCUUAUAAAAACUACACGUGGAGGCUCAACAAAAACACGCUUACGGGCCUGGAGGAACCCUUGUUGGCCCAACAGGCUCUUUAACCAAUACUAUGAGGAAAAUACCUUUGGACCGUUUAAUUGGAUGGCGGUUUUGGAGGCUCUCAAAUGCAUAAUAGAAGGCAUCAUAUGAACGCCUGUACAGAGCUUUAAAAAAAACAGACCAGACAAAAGGCAGAACUAAUCAGUCGUAUUACCACCUUGGAGAAUAGUCAUAAAGCAACCCUAUCUGAUUAUACGGGGAAUUAGUUUCCGCGAGACAGGGUCUGAGAGACCUUCUUUCCUAGAAACUUCUUUAUAUUAUGUGAAAAUCCCGCCGCUUUUAUUACGAACGUUCCAUCAAAUGCGGCUGUCUGUUAGCCCGUACACUUUAAAAGAGGAGAUCGCUCAAUCAUAUUGACCAAAUUAAACUUACUGGUGGGAGAACUUCACAGCAUCCAGAGGAUAUUAUGACUGCUUUCCACAAAUAUUAUUGCGACCUCUACAAUUUCAAGCAACACUGCUCAACGGAAGAUCGUAAGCAACAUGAUGCAAGGUUAUCUAGGUUUUAUGUGAAUAGAACCGUGACAACAGAAGCCGUGGAAGAACUAGAUAACCCACUGACCACGAAAGAGCUGCAGGUAGCAUUGAAACUUCCGAAAUUGGUGAAGGGGAUGAAUGCGAUAUGAAACGGUGGACAACUGUAGAGGGAUGAAUUAGCAGCAGUUAUCUUGUUCCCAAAAAAGGACCCGGAAUGUUGCAAGAGUUACAGAAUAAUCUCUCUACUAAAUGUGGAUCUCAAAUUGUUCACAAAGGUAUUGACUCCCCUGGCAGGGAAGCCAGGGACAAUACAACUAGAGCUCUCUGCAUCAUACAUGAAGCGGAACACUCGCUGAGAAGGCCUUUGACCGGAUUAACUGGGGAUUGCUUUUGCAAACACUUCAGCUCAUGGGAUUUGGACCUAACCUGCGGACCUAGAUCUCACUUUACACGUUCCCUUCAGCUAGAAUAAGAAUCAGAGUGCACUCACCCAACUGGUGUCCCCUGUCCCCCAUUCUGAUUGCCCUCGCUCUGGAACCCUUGCUGGAGACGGUCAGACAGGAUGGGGGUAUUGCAGGGUUAACUUUGGGGUGCCAGGAGCAUAGGGUGGUAGCUUAUACAGACGACAUGCUCCUUCUUUUUUUUUUAAAUAUAAAUAUAUAUAUAUAUAUAUAUAUAUAUAUAUAUAUAUCUACUAGUGUCUCUGCCUAAUUUGUUGGCAACUUUCACACAAUACGGCCAACUGUCAAACCUAAAACUUAACAUGGAAAAAUCGAAAGUCCAUAAUAUUACCUUACCAGAUAAUGGCAUGUCCCACCUUUGGGAGCAGCUCCCCUUCUCUUGGUGCCAGGCUAUGGGUCAGAUUCCUUCUGUGGUAUGGGGAACGGAUUCGGCCAUAUAAGCCAUAAAACUCGGCAACCCUUGUGCAUGAGUGACAAUUGAAAUCUGAACAAUCCGGUACUCCCUUCAUCUGUCUACGACACCCGGCCCACUUACACAGAUAAAACACAACCCAGACAUUGCAGAUGGGCUCACGCCAUCUGAACUUCAGUCACUAGGGGUUAAUGGUAACAAUGGUGUAACUCAGACUGGCUGAAACCUCUCGCUGACCUGAUAGGGGAUUGCGUUCCAACGGGUACCAUCAAAUCCAAAGGCUCUAUGCCUCAGUUCCAAAUAAAUAACUUUUUUUCAUAAAGACCAGACCCAAUUCAAGUCCUGGAAUCACUAACUGCACAACUAAAGGGCCUCACAGACAGAUGCACACUCACAUGUACUCCUUGGAUAGAGUACAUAGCUGGACAGGUAGUUCGCAGGGCCGCCGCAGAUUGAGCUGCUCAAAUGAUAUUUCUAGAUUAAUACAUAUUGAAGACCUGCCUGACAACCCAGGCAGAAAUAGCAGAACAUUUUAUUUGAAAGCCCUCUAUUUAACCCUGUAAUUUUCCAAAACCCCAUAAAACCUGUACAUGGCCCGUACUGUUGUACUCCUAAGACAGUGCUUAACACAAAUAAGAGUGUUUGUUUUUAAAGCGGUAAACCAUAUGAUGAUGAUGAUGAUGAUGAUAUCAUCAGUAAAAAGGUUUGUGUAAAAAAUGCACAUUAAAAGAAAAAAACAAAUAUAAACACUAGUUUUUGGCCAGAUUUUGUGACUAAGUGGUUAUUAAAAAAAAGACUGAACAUACCCCAUUUUGAAUAAUCAGGGUUGUCUACUUUUGCAAAUGGUAUGCCAUGUGGGGAUAAUUUUCAUUCCUGGUCUGCCAUAUGGUUUCAAAGGCAACAUAGGCCCUGUAAACCAAUCUGGCAAAUUUCAAUGUGUAAAAACCCCGUAUUUGACCCUGUAACUUUCCAAAACUCCAUUAUACCUGCACAUAAGGGAGGGAUCAAGUCAUACUAGUUAAACACUCUUUAGUAAGCCUAGUUAGCUAAAGCAAAAUAGAUUAAUAAUGCAAGAAAAAUCUAUCAUUAAUCACACUUGGUCCCGUACUUGGAUGUCUGGUAAGGAAGGCUAUCAUGUACUAUUAGUAGCUGGAACAAAUGUUGUGGUCUUGGUUGGAUCCCAUUUUUGAAGCUGUAGAUAGCCUUUAUAGCCGGUUGUAAAUCUUUUGCAAGCCUCAGCUGAUCAAAGAAACCACGUACCUCAAAGGCCCCUUGUUGGCAAACACAGAUACCAUACCAUCAAACGCUCACCAAAUGAGGGAUCCCACUUUAGGGAUGUUGAGGGAGAUCAACUGGACACCUAGAAUGUGUCUAUUGUUUAAUGACAAAUCUGUGCUAAAAAUAAGAGGAAAUCAUUUGAUUCUUUCCUGUAUGAAAUUUGUAUUGGUUUUUUUUUUUGAAAUCUUAACGUUGAUUCUUGUGGUGCCAAUGUGGAUGCUUUUGAUUCCUUUGGGACUAGUAACAAUACCUUCAAGAUUAUAAGUUUGCACUGCUCCUGAACAAGGUGGGAGGUUAGUAUUUGAAGUAUACAAUCUGGGAGCUCUGUUAGGCAGUGAAUAUGGAUAUUCGUGUUAGAAGAUGAACUACAAAAAUAUCCAGGAACAUUUUUGUUUAAUUUGAAUGAUUUGUAGAACGGUCUGCUCCUGCAAAUUCUGCUUUUUGUUGCACUUUUUAAAAAAAAAAAAAAAUUUUUUUUAUCCUUUCGGCUUAGCUAGACAACUUUCUGAGGGAUAGAGAUGUAUGGAAAAUAAAAAGUAUACGGUAUUUUGUACGUCCUUUAUAGUUGUCAACAAUACAUCCCUCUCCAUAGCCAAGCAGUAAACCAUGGCAUUCAGCAACCAUUUUAAUGCAGAAAGCUAUGCAUGUAUACAUUUUUAUUUAACAAAAUAAUAUACAUUGUAUAUAUACUGGUUGGAAGAAAGAGAGAGGGGCUAUGGGGUGGGGAAACCACCACCACUACCACACAAAAAGGUUACAGAGGUACAAGGGGCGUAACCCCACAAUAUAUAUAUAUAUAUAGAAAAAAAAGAGACGAAAAAUGGGGCAGACAGUCCACUCACAAAAAAGUGGGUGGAAUGCCUAGCCUCAUUCAAAGUACCUCAUAAUGUAAAUAGUCACAUAGAAGAGGAUAAACAACCUUUAUUAGAAAAAAAUGCUAAAAUGGUAUAUAGUCCAAAUACUAUUACCAUACACUAAAAUAGUGUAUUGAUUAUAAGUUAACCACCAAACUUAUAAAAGCCUGGGAGAGGCUAAUCCUGCAAGGUAUGUUUGACUUAAUAAAGGUGUAAAAAUACACCUAAAAUAAUAAAUGGGUAACAAAGCAGGUUAGUCUAAAUCCAUUCUAGGAAAGGACCCAACUGGGUAAUUGGAUAGAAAAAGGAUAGUCUUAGAGCAGUGUCUGAGAGAAUCUGGAAAGGGCAGGGUUAAUAGCAACUAAUGGGGCGCGCCCAAACUAAUAUCAAGUAGCUUAUACUAAACAGAAAAGGAGCUAAUACCCCACAAAGAGAGGAAAGAUAGAACACCCCCCCCCCCCUCUGAGUCACCCUAAAAAACUAACUAUCCUAAAAGAAACAGCAAAACUAACUGCUGCUUCAUGGCAGUCUAUCCAAAUCCCUAAGUCUGUAUCAGGAGAAAAUAUAGGCGCAAACACAUGCGCUGUGGAAACCCAGGUAAAUGAAAGAUGAGAGUAAAGAAAAUCAAUUGAGUAUAAUAGCAUCGGCUAGAAAAUAUCUCAGAUAUACUGGUUGUUCGGAAAUAUUUUAAUUUUUAAGCUGUGCGAUCAAAGUAUAAAAGUAUAGUUGUUCAAGCCCUCCCAAUAAAACAUUCCAAAAUAGUGGUGUUAAACUGAAUAAUGCACAACUGACCCUUUCGAGUCAAUACUUGAAACAUUUUUCUAAAAAUGUUAAUAGAAAGCUUGCACUUUAUAAUUUGCAGCUUAUAGUCUGUGGUUCUAUGUUUGUAUCAUUUUGACCCGUACCCGCCUAAAGAGAUGUAUACAACAGCAUCCAAAUAUAAUUUUAAAAGUAAAUGAUUAAUUAGAAAUCAUGCAAAUGCCAAACAUACCCAAUUGAUAAAUUAAUGUUUAGAAACAGAUGUGCUAGAUUUGUGGUAUAUUUGCAUAUUUUUAUGUAAAUAGAAAUUUGCACUAAUUAUCACAUUAGAAAUCUAGUAAUAGUAUUCAUGUACACUUACUAUGUUUAUGAACCUGCUCUACUCUCUCGCUAAGAACUCCUAUUGAGAGAGAAUUACAUUUCUAAUUAACAUGCAUUUAUCACAGCCAUCUAGUGGACAAAAAGAAAAUGAACUCUGUUUAAGGCAGGUAGGCUUUCACAUUUCCAAGGUUACUGCAGGUGUGGGCUUUUGUUUUGAUCAAGCAGAAUACCCUCAUAAUUGUACUGAAAUUUUAAAAUAUAUAUAUAUUUUUCUUUUUUUUUCUUUUAUAGUUUUUGGGACGAGUCUUUAUUGUAGUCAUUAAUUUCAGUACACAAUGGCUUGAAAAAUCAAGUUACCUACUUUUUAGGAGAUUUCUGUAACAAUAAAAAAGCACUCUUUAACUAGUGCAAGUGGUUUUCCAUCUAAUUUUAACACUUUUAAAUGCCAGCCUUAAUUUUGACUGGAAAUAGUUGUCACAUUAUGCAAUCAACUUCAGAGACCUUUUCAGUGUCUAGAACAUGUUACUGCAAGCUUUUUCAGAGAAAAGCAGCGUUUAUAUUGCUGGCUAGUAACACGUAUUGUGGUAGUCACUAAGAUGGCCGCUAGAGGUGCCUUCUGUUUCUGUGCUGCAAAGUGUGCAGCACUGAACGUUCCUCAUAGAGAUGCAUUGAUUGAAUGCGUUUCUAUGAGGAGAUGCUGAUUGGCGCAGCACAACAUUUUGCCACGCAUUCACAAUAGCUUCCAAAUGCUUUCCUAUUGAAAAAGCACUGACCGGGCUGAGAUCAAGUUUGAUGAUCUCAGCCAGGUGGUCGGAGCAAGGCUAGCCCAGACACUGAUUAAGCGGUGCAGAGUGGACUUAAAGGCGAGUUUAGACCCAUUUUCACUGCUCUAACACGAUGGCCUGGAACCUAAAUUGUGUGUUUAACACUUUAGUGUCAGGAAUAAAUGUUUGUGUUCCUGACUCUAUAGUGUAUCUUAUACAUAGGAUAAAGAGCUACCUGCUGGCUACAUACUACCAUGAGUUCAUCGUAGAAAGGUUUUGUAUGGUUCGUCUGAAUCAGAUUUCUUUUAAUCCACACCUGAACAUAUCAAUCUGAUUCAAUGAAUAAGACUCCACAGGUAAAUCCCAGGAAAAUCUAUUUAUUUAGUUGUGGAUUAAACAUUCUUGGAUUCGGACGAACUAUCUGAAAAUGUAAUUACCUAAUAUGUACAUAUGAAUUAAGUUGGUGCAAUUUGAAUUUGUAGUUCAUGUUACUAAAUUACUUUCCUUAUUGUCUAGGUAUUUGAUCCUUGAGAAACUACAGAAAGAUGCAGAUAGAAUACAUAUUUUCAGUUCCUUUUUCUAUAAGCGACUCAAUCAAAGGGAGAGAAGGAAUCUUCAAGACACUGCAAACCUAACGUAAGCUUUUUGGGUUCAUUUUUAAUUAAGAAUAUGUGCACAUUGCCAUGCUGUUUAAUUUAGCAACUUAAAAUUUUUAAAGGGACACUCUAAGCACCAAAACCACAAUGAUGUGAUAUUGAUGUAUAGAUUAUGCAGUCUCAUUGCUCAAUUCUCUACCUUUUAGGAAUAAAUCACUUUGUUUAUGCAGCUCUAGCCACACCUGCCCUUCUGAGACUCGCAGCCUCCCUGCACACUUUCUGAAAAAAAGUCUCAAUUAAAUUAGUGUAGGCAAUCUUUGACACUGCAGAUUUUGUGGACUACAUCUCCCACAAUACUGUUAUUGCCAUAAUGCUGGCAAACAUCAAGGGAGAUAUAGUCCAUAACAUCAGGAGUGUCAAAGGUUGCCUACUCCUAAAAUGUUGUAACUUCUAUAAUUGCACAGCGUGUUUAGAAUGUAUUCUCUCCUGCUAGAGCCUGCAACAGCUUCAUGUGUGUGAUUAAUGUUCAAUCAACAGAGCAGAAAUCAAUAACUUAUAAAGUAAACAUACUGGGCUGUAAGAUCCUGUUGAAAAUGAAAGCAUUUUUUUUUACAUGAAGGCGGCGUGAGUCACAAAUAAGACACACAUACUUUUGCUAAUCCAUUAAAUAUAUUGGUCACUCAGACGGCCACUAGAGGUGGGUCAGCGUUCAGAUGUUUAGCAUCUCUACACUUUGCCUCUAGGCGCUAAACGCUCCUAAUAGAGAUGCAUUGAUUCAGUGCGUUUUGUUGCAAAUGUGCAAUAGCCUCCCAAUGCUGUCCUAUGGGAAGGCAUUGGAAUGGCUGAGAUCAUUCAAAUUUUAAUAUCAGCCAGGGAUCUGGGGAGGGGCAAGCUGGAUGAAGACCCGUUAAGCCUUGAGAAAAAUUUAAUUAAAUCACCUUUUUAAUAAGCUUAAUGAGGCCUGGGAAGCUAAACGGCAUAUUUUAGAACUAUAGUGUCAAGAAUACAUGUUUAUAUAUUCCUGACAAUGUAGUGUUCCAUUAAGCUUAAUAAAGCCUUUAUCAUCCACUUAUGAUAGCAUAGCCACUGUAGUGAUUAUGGUAAUUGGUGUGUUUUUUGUUUUUUCACAGACUCAUGGAAUAAUGCCCAUGUGUUGGCAUUUUCUUUUUAUUAUUAUUAUUAUCAAUUAUUCUGUUCAAAGAUAUUACUUUAAAAUGCUCAUAAUAUGUUAAAUAAAAACACACAUUUGGAUCAAAUAACCUGUUCAAGUGUUACCAAUGUCUGUAUGGUUUCUUACAUGUAUGGGUAUUUUACUUUUUGUUUUCCCAGAUUACAGCAAAGGAGGCAUGGAAGAGUGAAAACAUGGACUCGGCACGUUGAUAUUUUUCAGAAAGACUUCAUUUUCGUUCCGCUUAACGAAGCGUAUGUAAAAUCUUAAAAAUGUAAAUCACACAUUUAGCUUGCUCCAUCCAUAGACCCCUCUUGAAAACUCGUCAUGGCUCAGUGGAGCUCCAGAAAGCAAAUCAAGCAGGUUUUGGAGGGAAAAUUAGUCAUAUCAAUUUUUGUACCACCUGGGUGUGCAUGUGAACUGUUUUAAAGGGCACAGUCUAUGCUCCAUAACCGCUACAGGACUAUAUGUUUUUGGGUUGUGAUUUUUUUUUAGUUUUUUAUGGUCAAGACUGAGAUAAAUGUCCCGCACGCUCUACCCUCACACCCAUCCCCCAGCAUUGCCUAUUACCAAUGCAGCGGUUACUCACCCUGAUUGAAAAUAUAUCAUAUAUGAUCUGCACAUUGUGAUACAUGAAAAUCUGUUCUGCAGAUCUCCCUAACUUUUAAAGCCCAAUGUUAAUGUUUUUACUUAUGUUUUAGUUACUAACUGAACAUCAACUUUUAAGUAACCGUAGCAAAACAAGUUUGACAUCCUGGAGUGAGAGCAACCCUGAUUAAAUGAGCGGACUGUCUGAAUGCAGUGAUUUGCAAAAUGUUGCUUCUGCCUUUGUUCCCUAAGAUUCACCAAACUUCAGAUAGUCUCCUCUUCUCUCUCCAGCUCUGUGUCAUGCAACACUUGAAAGGGGCUAGAACUUUAAACCAGGAAUCUCAAACUCUGUACACUCAGAUAUUGAUUACCUACAAUUUCAAAGAAUGCAUUGUAUAGGUGUCUAGGUAAUCAUGGGAGUUGUAGCUCAUAAACUGCACUGUUUUAGAUUGCAGGGUUAAGGGAACAGGCAAAAAGCAUCCAAUCCACUUCAAUUUGUUGAAGUGGUCUGGGUGCUUAUAGGGUUACUUUAAAGUGUCACGUUUAUAUAAAAAAAGUUAACUCUGCAUUUCUCUUGUUGCAAGCUUUUUACAUUUUUUUUUAUUUACUUUCAUUAAGUCGUUUAGUCUUUUAGGGUUAAGGAAAAAUUUAAGGUGAGUUUCAAAGUAUAUGAGAACGCAUAUUUAAAAAAAAAAAAAAAAUGAUUUAGUUCAAAAAUUUUGUGCUUGCAGCCCCUGUCGUCUGUUUUAAAAUAUAAAGCCUAAUCUACACAUAGUACAUAUCCCAAAGCGGAUGCCCGCUAGGUUUUUUGUUUUAUAAGCAAAAAGGGCUGAUACUGGGAUGACCUCAACAAGGAUACCAUCAUAGAAAAAUGGGUAAGCCAAACAGGGGAAAUAAUAAACUAGGGUGAAAUGGGAGAGUUUAUAGGGAACGUAGAGGCUCUGCGCUGGCUCAACCAUACCGGUCAGAUUCAGUGACCUGCAACUCUGAAGAGCAUUUAGAAUUCAGCUUGCAUUCAACCACAUCCUCAACUGUUCCUUUUCCUCAUACCCUUCUAUUGUUUUGCUCUGCCUGUUGCUUAAUGGUACAUAAUGAGGCAAUAUAAGCAUCCAAUGGAGACCAGCUGGCAUCCAGCAAUGAACUCCUCAUGGCCGUCCUCGGGGACCGCUUGUCCCAUUGCCCGCUCUGUGAUGCGUCCUAAUAAUUUUGUAUGUCUGUGGAAGAGCUGAUAAUUUCCGCACCCUUUUUAGACUCAACUGGGCUGCAAUUAAUACAAGCAUGCACAGUCUCUGUAUUUCCAAGGGUAGGGUGUGAAGUAGCAUCAGCAACAGAUAGUGCUCAGAGGAUUUAGUAAGCGAAACCCCACAGACAUCUUGAAGUAAUGAUGAUUAUUAUUAUUAUUGGUAUUUAUAUAGCGCCAGCUUAUUCCGCAGCGCUUUUGCAUUAACACCCCAUAAGGUCCCACCAGCGGGCUUGUCACAGCGCCAAAAAGAUGCCGAAAGGUUAGGAAAGGAUCUUUGCAAUCUAGAAUGGGUCAAAUGUCAUUGCAGAAUUAAUUUAAAAUGCAUCGCUAAAUGACUAGUAUAUUUAAAUGUUUUGGCUAAUAACUGUGCUGAUCGAUACCAAUUUUAAGGUCAAAAUAAUCAAACUGGAAAAAUUCUCUAAGUCAGCUUUCCUUUCCAUUCAACUACUCUGGCCUUAAAUUUGAAAUUAGCUUUGAAUUCUCACUUUAGGGAAUAGCCCUCUUUAGGUCUAUGAAUGAAUUAGAACUUGCUUGUUUUACAGUAAUAAAACAAGGUGUUAUUGUAUUGAAGCUCCAGGAAAGUGUGAGUGCACAUCUUUUAUUUUACCUAUCACCACUACAGUUUUAAAUACUACACUAUUAUUUCUUCUCUCAUUCUCUUCACAUAUACCUUGUCAAGGAUUACUGAAGCGCUGCACUUACCACCCUGUUUUUAUCCAGUUUUCUAAUCGGGAAAGAGAGACUCCGUAUUGGUGUUCAAGCUGCUUUUGGACUAUUAUCACUUUGCUUCUGCGCUGAAUUUAUUUUUGUGUGAUUGUGUAAUUUUACAUUAAAGGAUCACUAUAGGGUCAGGAACACAAACAUGUAUUCCUGACCCUAUAGGGUUAAAACCACCAUCUAGCCCCCCCUUGUCCCCUCAUGCCUCCAUAAAUAUAGUAAAAAUCUUACUGUAUUCAAGCUUGAAGCUGUAACUCUGCAUGCUGUUAGACUCAGGAAAACAAGCAGUGUGCUGACAUCAUCAGAAGUGGUAGCCUGAUCCAAUCACAAUGCUUCCCCAUAGGCUUGGCUGAGACUGACAAGGAGGCAGAUCAGGGGCAGAGCCAGCAUGAUUCAAACACAGCCCUGGCCAAUCAGCAUCUCCUCAUAGAGAUGAAUUGAAUCAAUGAAUCUCUAUGAGGAAAGUUCAGUGUCUGCAUGCAGAGGGAGGCGACACUGAAUGUUUGGAUGCAUUUUAGGCAGCCAUGACCCAGGAAGGAUCUUUUACAGCCAUCUGAGGAGUAGCCGGUGAAGUUAUCACUAGGCUGUAAUGUAAACACUGCAUUUUCUCUGAAAAGAGUGUUUACAGCAAAAAGUCUGAAGGUAAUGAUUCUACUCACCAGAACAUAUUCAAUAAGCUGUAGUUGUUCUGGUGACUAUAGUAUCCCUUCAAUCUGCUCGAAUUGAACAUGGUUUCUAAUCUUUGGCAUCAAAUAAUCUGUUUGGACAUUACAAUGUAAAUGUCUGAAACUUCUCUUUUUUGUUGUGUUUUUUUUUUCCAACAUCUAGUGCCCAUUGGUUUCUAGCAGUCAUAUGUUUCCCUGGAUUAGAAAAAGCAGAUCAUAUUGAUAAUCCUUACUACCAAGGACCCAUGACCACUUCUUCCUCUGCGUCCAUGGUAGCUGGGGAGAACAGCAGCUACUCUUCGAAUGAAAGUAAUUCAGAAACUUAUCUGCAAGCCAAUUCUUCCAAAUCAACCCCAAAGAAAACACCCAACAAAAAGUCCGCAAGCACAUCUCAUGACGUAAGCACAGGGACUGAUGAAAGUGACACUUCAGAACAUAGACGAAGUCCAUGUGUGGGAAGGCACAAUCUUAGAAAAAGUGAUCAAGGAUCUGACAUUUCCCAGAAACCUAUUUAUCAAGAAACACACUCGAGUACAAAAAAUGUAAAUGGAAUCACAAGUGAAAGUAAAAAUUCACUGAAGCAUGCAGGUGAGGUUUUAUAUAUAAAUAAUGUAUAUAGAAUUUUAUCAAGAUUUUGGAAUGACUAGUUAUUAAAAACCAUAUGGGUGUUUGUUUUUUAUUGUUUAUGUAUACAUAACACAUCAAGUUUGAAUAUAGUGUUAAAAAUGUGAGGAGGUGUAUUGUUUUUCAUAUUUUUUUGCUUACAUUUUUUACAUAUCCAAUAAAAUAAAAAGAACUCAAAAAAGACUUGCGUAUCAGUCCAGACUGCUAAGUACCUCACAUGUCUAGGGUCUAAAUACAUUUUGGUAGUGAACAUGAAUCCUAUUUUAACCCCCUCUAACACUUUACCACCCUAGCCCUAACCUUAUGUUUGCACUGAGACCAACUGUUUACCAACCUUAACCCUGCACCUUGAAACAGCAUUAACCCAUGCCUUACCCUAAUCCUACCUCUAACACUAAGGAAAGCCUCUGCCAAUAUCAGUACUGAUCAUAAAAGAUCGCUUUCCUAGUUUGCGAUCUUCAUCUACUGGCCGUUUUAACUAUUAUUUCCUGUUAUCCUGAAAUGAAGCAUGCUUUCCCAGCCAAUUACACUGUGAUCAGUUACAGUUGGUUUGGAUGCAUGCAGAAUGACCCUGUCAGUCUGUUCAGACACUGGGAGUCUUCCUUCGGCAGCUGAAAUUCAAAAAUCCCAAUGCCUGAGCGCAAUCUGCUCAGUCAUGGUGCUCUCAAUUAAUUGAAAGGGCUAGAUCCAGUGCUCACUUUUGAUCGUUUCCUAUUAUGCAUCUAUCAGUCUGGGGCCACCAAACAAAAUGGCCCCUGCUUACAGUGAUUUAACCCUGCUCACUCCAGCCACAGGGAUUACAAUUGCCAUAUAAAGGGCUGUAUAUGCAGUGCUCACUUUGAGCACUUCAUACAGCUUAUCUGUCUGUCUGGGGCCACUAAAAAUGGCCCAGCUGACAAAGAGCAGCCCCGGGUAUGGAUUGAUACCAGAGAUUCUCUGGUGUGAGCAGAAAUGUAACUCUUCUCACAUCAAAAUGUUAGGAUGUGUCCAUACAUCCUAACUGCUUUAGAGCCCAGGACACAUCCAUUUAAAAGUUAAAGGAACACUCCAUACCCCAUAAUUUAAAUUUAAGCAAGUUGAUGUGCCUGCACAACCAUUUUUCCACCUUUCAUUAAUAUAGAAACCUUUUCCUUUGGUGCAGGUGAUGGGUACCAUUCUAAAGCACUCCCUAAAUGGGCUCCUUCUAAAGCACCCCUAAAUGGGAAUCCAGUGAAAUACUGAAAAGUGUUGGCUGACACUCUCAGCCAACGAAAAAAGCUUCUAAAUGCCGAGGAGGCGGCAUAGGUGCUGAGCAGAUAGCCAUUAUGAACACAACUAAGGUUUAAAUAUUUGAAAAAGUUGUUUAUCCCCAUAAGGUAAAAUUACACCUGAAAACUUCUGACUCCAUAACAACCUAAGUGACAUGAAGUUGUUAUGGGUCCUUGGAGUGUACCUGGACAUGCUUCAUGCCCAGAGAGGACUGUGAAAUCUGCAUAAUGGCUAUACAUGCUUGCUUUUCACCAUAUUACACCUCUUUAAAAUAUCAACAUUUUUAAUAUUUGUGUCUGUCAAUGAACUCAACCUCUGUUGAAUCACUCUUUAAGGUUAUUUAAGUGCAUUUGUAAAAGAAAAAUACAUGAAAUGGCACAUGUAAUUCUCAGAUAUGUACUAAAAGAGUUUUCUUAAUUAUGAAACCAUAGUCAAUAUUUUACACACAAAGAUUUUGUUUUUUAUGUUGUCAGUUAAUAUUAUAUCUUCACCUGAACGUUUGCAGUUUAGAAUAAAUGAUUGUUCAAUCUCCCGUUCUGAUGCUUUGUCUAGUUUGAAAAGUACAUAACUGUAAUAGCUUUCUGGAGGGUUUGUGGAUAUCUACUUGAUGUGUUGUUUUGAUUGUGUUUUGUUCUGCAGAUGGUUUGCACAGAAUACAAAUAAGCUAUAGUGAGCCGCCAGAUGACCUGAAGAAAACAGCAGAAGAAUUCAUAGAUUCUGAUGAUCAAGAUAAUCUGGUUAACUGCAUUUUUAACAUGAUAUAAGAACGUUAACAGUGCUAUUUCCAUUUUUUUAACCUCUUACAUAUGCAUAAUUUCAUACAAAUUAUGUAGUGAACGUGUGAAUGUCUAUGGCUACUCCUGACAUUAACAGGACAUUCCAGACACUAACUCACUUAAACUAUUUGUAUAGGUUAUGCUGCUCUCCAUUCUGUCUUUCCUGCUGAUUAAUGCUACUUUAAUUUUGCUGUGAAGUCAAAGCUAUAUGUCAUCUAUUCACCUAGUGACAUCAUAGGUUAAACAUAGUUUUUCCCCUGUACAUAAUCGUGUUAUUCAACUUGUACAAAUUCUGUUAUGGUUUUUCUGUAUAGCAGUAUGGUUCAUACGUGGCUGCAGGUAGUUUUAUUAAUGACAAAUAUGAAUGAUGCUACUUGACAUGUAGCUAAAAGAAGCCUAGUAGCCGAUUUAAGUUUGAGUAGUAGUUUAAUUUGUGUUUUUGAAGAGGGAAAGUAUUUAACAGCUGAACUUAUAUCAUAUCAUAUACCCUACUGUUGAUUGUUAAAGGGUUACACCAACCACUAUGUCCACUUCUGCUUUUCGAAGGGGUCCUUGUGGUACCAGUGUGGAUGUGCAGUGUUCCAGCUUGAAACUCUGAACAUCCAGAGUAACUGGCACUUGUGCAUUGGGACAAUUUGCACCCCAGCACACGUGACAUUGGCAGCCCUGAAUGUCAGUUCUGUGCAUAAAAUAAAUCUGCUGUCAGGGCGCACUGCAUGUUGCCGGCAGAUUUAACUGCUUCACCCUUGCAGACAUAAACUGCAAGGGAGAAGCUCUUGUCUCCCCUGCCACACUGCAAGACCUCCCACCAAUCCCUUUGUCCAUAUUUUUUUUCAUCUACUCCCUCCUCUUCCUUUACUCCUCCCUUUGCCGACUCAUGGGCUUUGAGCCUGUAAAAUGGUCUAGUCAAAGGCUUCUCUAUACUGUGUAUCCUCUUAUUAAUAUUAUUUUCUGCUUUUAUUGUUGAUUGUUUUAAAUUUGUUGAAAAGUGUACCUAUUUCAGAUCUUAAUAUAAUUUUUUCCACUUCUCCGAUUCUGACAGCUUCUCUGCUGUAAGUUCAGUUUAGGGAAACUGUUUAAUAACAUUUACAGACCUUUGUCUAUGUUUUAUUAUAACACAAACUGUAUGUAUGCAUUACCCAGGUGUAUAUGUAUAUACAGAAUGGUGGUAUUCUAGCCUUCACUGAUGAACAGAAUAAAGUUAAAACUUAGCUGUGUUAGUGCAAUUUUUCCCUGCAGCCUUAUCCUCCACGGCAGAGGUAAUUGCCCCUCACUGUAAGGAUAUGGAGGUCAGGAAUAGCAGGCUGAGGGGAGGACAAGAGCAUUACAAGCAUAGCUGUGCCACCAUUGAUGCCGCUAAAGGUGGGCUUACACCUCUGGCAGCAGUGGGCUUGCACUCAGCAUGUGCAGUAUUUCAUACUGACUGAAGUCAACAUGACCACUUCAAAUCAGUAAAGUGGUCAUGGUGCUUUGGGUAACCCAUUGAGGUCUUCUGGCAAGUCUCCAACAUGAUCUUUUAUUUUAUUGAUGUAUUUUCCCCUGACUAAUUUUUUUCUCCUCAGGAUGAAAGCAGUGAUGAUGGAGACCUUGCAGAUGAAAAUUGUACUUCAGAAGCAGGGAAGUGGCAUCUGAAACCCACGUUCUGCAAUCAGUAAGUAUUUUGCAUUCAGAUUAAAAUUGUUUGAAUCUUUUUUUGAAAGAAUUGAGGAAUCUCAUAAUAUCAAGUAUGGACUUCAGCUGUUAUACAUGCCCCUCAGCUCAAAUUUGUGUUUAUCUGUAAGAAAAUUUUAGUAUAAAACAGUAGACCUACAGCUGGUGACAUAGCCCAGUGAAAAGGGAUCCAGGUGCAUUAUCAAAGAUGUCUGUCACCCUUUUUCCUAUGUUUCAUCCUUUCUCAGUUGAUAAAACGAGUACUAUUAAGUUAGUUUAUAACAUUUAGAACCUUAAAUGCACUUGAAAGCGAGUGAAAGGUAAAUGUUCCUUUCCUGGUUUAAUAUCUUAGAAACAUAGAAUGUGAUGGCAGAUAAGAACCAUUCGGCCCAUCUAGUCUGCCCAAUGUUUUUUAAAUACUUUCAUUAGUCCCUGGCCCUACCUUAUAGUUAGGAUAGCCUUAUGCAUAUCCCAUGCAUGCUUAAACUCUUUUACUGUGUUAACCUCUAGCACUCCAGCUGGAAGGCUAUUCCAUGCAUCCACUACCCUCUCAGAAAAAGUAAUACUUUCAGAUAUUAUUUUUAAAUCUUUGCCCCUCUAAUUUAAGACACUGUCCUCUUGUUGUGGUAGUUUUUCUUCUUUUAAAUAUAGUGUCCUCCUUUACCAUGUUGAUUCCCUUUAUGUUUUUAAAUGUUUCUAUCAUAUCCCCCAUCUCAUCUUUCCUCCAAGCUAUACAUUUUAAAGGGACACUCCAGGCACCCAGAUCACUUCUGCUCAUUGGAGUGGUCUGGGUGCCAACUCCCACUACCCUUAACCCUGCAAGUGUAAUUAUUGCAGUUCUUAUAAACUGCAAUAAUUACCUUGCAGGGUUAACUCCUCCUCUAGUGGCUGUCUUCUAGACAGCCACUAGAGGGUACUUCCCGGUUCAUUGCACAGGUUUUCUGUGCUACAGCGGCGCUGGACGUCCUCACGCUUUAUGUAGUCUGUCCUGUGUUUCUCUCUUCACCUUAGUAUAUAGGUGCCAAUGUAUCUUUAAUAAAUCUCUUAUUUUGUUAUAAUUGGGAACGUUGUUGUUUUUUUUCUUUGUUUUUCAGUUUGUUUUUUUUAAUAUUACUUUAGAUGACUUUUUUUUUAUAAUACUUUGUUUAAUGUUUUUUUUGUAAAUUACGCACUUUAUACACUGAUCAGCCACAUCAUUAAAACCACUGAGAGGUGAAGUUAAUAACAUUAAUUAUAUUGUUACAAUGGCACCUGUCAAGUGGUGAGAUAUAUUAGGAAGCAAGUGAACAGUCAGUUCUUGAAUUUCAUGUGUUGGAAACUGGAAAAAUGAGCAAGCGAAAAGAUGAGUGACUUUGACAAAUAGUGAUGGCUAGAUGAUGGGUCAGAGUACCUUCAAAAUGGCAUGUUUUGUGAUGUGUUCCUGCUAGAGAGUGGCUAGCACCUACCAAAAGUGAUGCAAGAAAGGACAACUGGUGAACCGGCACAAAGCAGAUAGUGAGGCGUGAUAAAGACCCUGAGGUUGGGUCAAAAUGUUGCCAAUUUCCACACAGGUGGAAUAAGUCAUUUAUUUUGGUGUUGCGGCUCCUUAUUGUUUUUAACCGGUGAACCAGCAUCAGGGUCAUUGGUGCCCAAGGCUCAUUGUUGCCCAUGGGGAGUGAAGGCUAACCCGUCUGGUCUGAUCACACAGAAGAGCUACUGUAGCUCAAAUUGUUAAAAAAUUUAAUGCUGACCAUUAUACAAAGGUGUCAGAACACAGAGUGUAUGGCAGUUUGCUGCGUAUGGGGCUGCAAAACCGCUAAUCGGGCAUAGUGCUCAUGUUGACCACAACCGAAAGCACCUUCAAUGUGGACAUGAGUGUCAAAACUGGACCUUGGAGCAUGGGUUGCUUGAAUCAUAUUUUCAUUUUAGAUCCAGUAGAUGGCCAUGUGCAUGGUUUACCUGGUGAAGAGAUGGCAUCAGGCUGCACUAUAGGAAGAAGGCAUGCCCACUGGAGUCUAAAGAGAGAUUCUUGGCACCUACCAACCUGUGGCACUCAAAGUAUUCUCACCUUGAUCAUGCAAAGUACAUGGCUUUGUUUUGCUUUGACACUGUAAAGUCCCCUUUUUUCAGGGGCUCAAAUGUAAUUGGACACAUUAGCACAAUCAUAAAUAAAGUGUUAAUUUGUAAUACUUUGUCGAAGCUCCUACAGGCAAAAACUGCUUGAAGUCUAGAAUACAUGAACAUCACCAAAUGCUGGGUUAUCUCCUUCGUGAAGCUUUGCCAGGCGUUCACUGCAGUUGUCUUCAGUUAUUGUUUGUUUCUGCCUUAACUUUUUGUCUUCAGCAAGUGAAAUGUAUGCUCGAUCAGGUGGUUGAUUCAGCCAUUGCAGAAUAUUCCACUUCUUUGCCUUAAACAAAAAAAACCUGGGUUGAUACCGCAGUAUGGAUCCAUUAUCCAUCUGUAAACUGAAGCAGCAACUAAUCAACUUUGCUGAAUCUGAGCAGACAAUAUAUUUUAUUUAGUUUGUUAGAGUGUAUAACUUUACAGCUACACAGCAAAACUUCUCCCAGUAAUGUUUCUUCAAUUCAAUGUAUUUAGAAAUCAGUCUGUUCAAAUGAAAUACAUUUAGUAAUGCAGAAAACCCUGCGGUGCCGAACGAAAUACAGAUUGCUCAUGCCCCUGUUAUGGUACCCAAGCACCACCUAGCGGGCCCAAAAGCAAAUACGCCACUAGGUCUCACAGGAGGUUAGGGGAGUACUUGCAGCCUCAUUCACAUAACGUUUUACCGUUCCACCCUCACCAAACAGAUGGACACCUAUUCAUCACACCUCUAUGACAGCACACAAUCAAUGGGUCAUGAGCAUUCGUACUUAGAAUAGGGACACCUGGUGACACAUAGGUCUGAGGGGUCCACAAAUUCGGCACCGCACCGCACAGGUUAUUAGCGCUUCAUGCGAGGUUACCGAAGAGGCAUUUACAGCCGAGGCUCGCAACCCCAUUAGCCAAGUGAGAACGAGAGCUGACAACAAAUCGCAAGUCUCUCCACUUAACGUAUUCAGUACAGAAUAAUUGCAAUCUGAAAGAAACCUACUAUGUCCCUAGCACCAUGGUGCCGAAACAUGUACACACAGCUACAUAGUUUAUUACAACACCCCUGUUACAUAAUCAAAUUCCUAACUGCAUAUGGAGCCCAAUAACCGAUCCUCGAACCUCCAGUCUCAAUAUGUCAUUGACCUCAUGUAUCCCACAAGGCUAGAGUGUCACACAAAUGUCAGAGGCAUAUAUCUGGAGGUUCUUGCCCACCUUACCUGCACAAUCUCGAACGCCAAGAAAGGUUGUCACACCAGAAUAAAAUAGGGACCGGGACACAUUUUAAAUUUGAUAAAGCUAUUACAUGAUCUUCCUAAUCUAAUUGCUGCCAUAACCUGGGAUAACUCCUUCCCUUCAAACGCUGCAAAUAUCAGCAACUUGUUAUGCAACAAAAAACUUCAACUUGUUACUUAGCUUGGGUACUAUAAUGUUACAAUAACUGUGAUUAAUGAUCAAACCCUAAACUGCAACAUGCUUUUUCCUAUUGAAGGGUCAAUUGUUAGUUUCUUACAAAAGUUUACAACACAUUUUUGUGGCCCAUGUCUUCAAAAUCAAUGUGGGUUUCUUUCUAUAUUUAACCUUUACAGAUCACAUUGUAACUGCUUGCAACUUCUACAUCCUACACUUGUUAAUUUUUUAUUUGAACCUGUCAUAACUGCAACUAAAAUGAGAAAUAAAGAUUGUCCAAAAAAAAAUGGUCUCUUCAAGCACCCUGAUCAAUGCUGAGUUGAAGUUGUCAUGGUACCAGGAGUCUGUGCUGAAUGCUGCACAUUGAGAAUUUAACCCCUUUUGCUGCUGGAGGUGUAACUCCACCUCUGGUAGUGUAGUGGAAAUCAUUUGCCAGGCCGGAAUAAGAGUUCUGUGCACUAAGAUGCAUUCAUUGGCUGAAAGCGAUCAGCUUACGCUUUCAGCUAAUGAAUGAGCUGCAAGAUAAUCAUAUUGCUUCUUUAUAAGCCUGCUGCAGAAGGUUAGCCCCAUUACCGCAUGACAGCGCCUGGGUUCUCUUCUCAUCGUAACCACUACAGCGGGAAAAGAAAAGUGAAACUCUGACAGUUUUAAUAACUUUACAUCAACAAAAUGGUUGGUGCCCCAUUCUUCCUGUGAUUUCUUGCAUGCACUUGCUCGUUCUUAAAUAGAAAAAACAAAGUGCUCUGUGCAGAUAAGUUAACAAUAUUAACAAAUUAAUAUUAUUUAAGCAAUAGCAGCUACUAAUGUGAGCCUCUCACUGUACAGUACAUCUCUUAUCGUUUAAGGGUAAGUGUUUUUACUGCUCCAGUGUAUUCACUGGGGGUAUAUGUAACCACUCCGUUCACUUAGUAAAUUACAUCAUUCAUAAAUAGACUUGCUGUGCUUUGUAGAAUACAGGCACUCCUCACUUACUGACUGGGUUCCGUUCUUACGGCUCGAUUUGGUCGGUAAGUGAGGAUGUGCUACGGAGCAUGCGCACCAGUGCAGGUCUAUGUUAGAGGAAAUUUCCCUGAACAUAAACAAGCGCAGCAGAGCAGGGAAUCUCUCAAAACAUAGAUUAGAUGGAUUCCCUGCUCUGGUUUCUUUCUUUCUUUUUUUAAAUUUAUUUUUUUUUUAUUUUUUUUAUAUGUUCGAGUAAAUUUCCCCGAAAGUAGACAACGCACCAGAGCAGGGAAUCCCUCUAAUUUAUGUUUGGGGAAAAUUUCCCUGAACAUAGACCAGCUCUCUAAUGGGGGGAAUCCCUUGUAUCCCCAUGCUAGAGAUCUGAUCGUAAUUGUGAGCCGUCGUUAAGUGAGGACAACCUGUAUCUAUGUUUAAAAUAGUUUUUACUACUUGCGCAAAAUGUACUUGUCUAGAUGGCUUUUUGUUUUCAUAAUGAAAAAUAAUGCAAUGAUGCUUUUGUCACAUUUUGUGUAACUAUAAAAGAAACCGAUCAUCAUCUUAUUACUGUGUGUGCUUUAACAUUAGGAAACCCGGAACAGUGUACUGGCUGCAUUAUAUUUUUAAUACCAUAGAUGUACACUCAUGGCAUGACAUUCCUGCAUAUACUGGUGCUUGGAAAUAUGUUUAUGAUACAUUUUUGUCAUGGAUUUUCCUUAGAAAAUGUUGUGUUUUAAGUGCAUAGCACUGUUUUUUAUAACACUUUAAUUUUUUCUUUUUUCCUCCUUUUCCUUUUACAGACCCUGUAUAUUACUGAUGGACUCACUGAGAGGGCCUUCUCGCUCCACAGUAGUUAAGACACUACGAGAGUAAGUACCGAAUUUGAAGUAGUACAUUGCAAAUAUUGUAGAAAUAUCACAGUGCCAUAUCCUCUCUUAGAAGCCUACUGGCAUGGUCUCUUGUUCAAUUAUGCUUUGUCCAUAACUGUACCAUCUGCGCUAUUGAGACCAUGUGCUCAGUGAGUAUUUUUUUGCAAUGACUAAAGCACAAACAAAUACAGACAUGUCACUUUGAAAAGAUAAUGCACAUGUCCAUGUAUAUGCACAAUUGUGUAAAUUAUAAAAGCUAAAGGAAGCUUAACCAUGUAGGAAGUGAAAAACAUAGCUUGUCUCCGAUAUAUUCAUACUUCUGGAAAUAAAAAUGGGGAAUUUAGUGCUUGUGUAAUUACUGAUACAGUGACAGCUCAAUAACCAAGUCCAGUGUCUCUCUACUCCGGUUGAAUAAAAGGCAGAAACAAAAUGGUAGGUGGUGCACCUUAAGUGUCCUUCGAGUUUGAUGUAACAACAAGAAAAGAGAAGGAUUAUAAGAAAUAAGAUGUACCUGAAAAAGUGUAAGUGUACAUCUUAUUCCCUUUUUUUCCAUUAUCCAAAGAAAUACUACACUAUAAUUUUUUAUUUUUUUCUCUUCUUGUCAUUACAUAACACUUGAAAGUUACUUAGAGCGCUCCACUAUUUUGUUUCAUAUUCAUAAAAACAAACAAGUGAAACGUGCAGAGUCUCAUGCAAUGCCCGGGCAUGUAGACUGUGGGCAAAAAAAGCCUAAUGUCAUCCACCCCUCAAGCUAGUAAUGCUACUGUAAUAAAGAUAGAAACAGCUGAGUUCAGCAAAGUAGUUUCCCCGAACUCCACCUCUCCCAAGCCCAGGCCUAAAUGAGAACCGUUACCCAUAGUCUACUGACACCUCCACUCUGAAUGAGCAGGUCUGAGUCCCAAGAGAGUCCCUUACAUAGAUCCUCCUGACGUUGUGUAGGAGUGUACAGAGUCCACCUGAACCGCUCAUCAGCAGUUGAUGUGAGUUGGAGAUUGCGAUUAUUUAUUCGUUGCCAGAAUCUUUCACAAAUUACACUAAAUGUUUGUUGUUGCUUCUCUUCUCUUCAAUGAGACUUAACCCUGUAAUUUGUUAUGAAGUGGCAAUCUUGGCUUUACUGUGAUGAAACGUAGCAUCCAGGUAAAAUAAUGUCUUUUGUAGACAACGUCAAUAUAGAUCCUUUAUGGUAGGCACCAGGAUAAACCCUGCCUGUCCAAAGUAAGGGGAAUGUGGUACAAGCAGGAUAGCAAACUGGCAAUACUCUCCAGGAUGGGUGAUCAGCUGCUUCUCUGUCUACAGAGCUGAACAUCCACACUAGGCCCCAACUCCUCAUGCUGUGUAGCUCUCUUGGAAGCCUACAGUCACAAAGGCUGUAAUUCUCUCACCGAGGUUCCAAGUCCCUGGAGAGUCAAGCCCAGCCUCCAGAAGUGGAAAUUUUGACUGCAUAAAUGUAUAUUUUCACAUUUUGAUUUUGUUCAUCUUUCUUUCUAGAUACCUUGAGGUAGAAUGGGAAGUCAGGAAAGGAAACAAAAGAAGUUUUUCCAAAGAUGUAAUGAAAGGUUCUAACCCCAGAGUUCCUCAGCAGAACAACUUCAGUGACUGUGGAGUAUACAUACUGCAGUAUGUGGAGAGCUUUUUUGAAGUGAGUACAAUAAAACUAUGUAUUUUAGUUACGUUAAUGUUUGCUCUAUCCAAAUUCAAAGUAAAUGUUUUUAGCCACGUAUGUUUUGAUAUAUCUACUACAUUCUCUUGCUAAUACAGGCAUAUAUUUAGCUUUUUCCUUAUCUUUUCUUUUCUUCUUUUUUCUGUUCAAUUAUAACUCUUAACACUUUCAGGUUCAGUACAUCUUUUAUUCUCUGUCCAGCUUUUUAGGCCAGUCAAGUGACUGCCUGAGAACAUUGUUAAUUUGUAAAUUGUUAGUCUCUAAACAAAUCCAUUGCUAGGCAUGUGAUUAAGAGUAAUGCCCCUUUUUGCACUGUGAAGUGUUGUCAGUGAUACAAUGCCAAAUAUUGCCAUUUGGGAUUAGGCUCCGUCUUAUAAGUCUUUCUUUGAAAUACAUGAAUAGAUGUAUUUUAUAAAAAAAAAAAAAAAGUAAUUUUAUUUUUUUAAAUAUAUCCUCUUCUUUUUUUUUUUUUUUUUCAAUUUACAUAUUUCAGAAUCCUAUCCUAAGUUUUGAUCUGCCAAUGAAUUUGACUGACUGGUUUCCACAACAAAGAAUGAAAACAAAACGAGAAGAAAUUAGAAACCUUAUCCUUACUUUACACGAACAACAAAACAAAGGACAGAAGGACCUUAACACAACACAGCCUGCUCCACAGGAGCAAACAGAACAGUUUAUCAGUAGUGGCUCAGACUGAAAUGUUUCAUCCGUUGCAUGCUACUCUACCAUCAAACAAUAAACCUGACGUUUGUUGCCUAUUUCGCAACCUACAGCGAGUGUCUGAUUCACUCAAAGCUCACAGAGCUGUUUGUGAAUGUCAACACUAGUGCAAAUGUUCGAAAAGGAUUAUUGUCCAAGCAGAUAUGUUAGGAAAAAAAUGUUCUGUAAAUAUAGUAAUGAGACCAUUUCUUUUCAGUAUUUAUAAUGUCCGCCCUCUUCCCUUUUUUAUUACCUGAUUCAUUAGGAGAGUUUAUGUAUUUCCCUUAACAGUACCUAAGUAACAAAAGUAUACAUCAAAUAAAAAUGUUAUUUAUAGGAUCACACGUUAAUGUGUAUAGUUAUUAAGUUAUGUGCUGCUUCCUUGGCACAUUCAACUUUCAUUUUCUUUUAUUUCUUUUAAUCCGUCCUUUGUUUUUUUAAAAAAAUUUUUUAAUUCUAUAUAAAACUUUCUUUCACAGGAAAGCAUGCGUAACAGUCCUAGGCGUUGCUGAGACUUUUUACAUAAGAUUUUCUGAAUUGGCCUUUGGAGACUAAUUUUAGUGGACAAAGAGAUAUGGAUAAGGGAGUGCACUAAAGCUCAUUAAUGGUUAAAAUGAUAUUGUUAAAGUGCUUUGCUAUUCCCAGAGUUAGUGUACACAAGCAAAUACAUGCUGUAUUAAGUCCAUUUAAUUGUGUUGCUUUGUAUCAGUACACUUGUCUAUGUAAUUUAACUAUUUAUUUUGUAAGCAACCUCAUUGGAUGAACAAUAGAUACAUUGGUACAAUGCAAGAUUUCAGUCCUGGUAGCUUCUAUGCCAUGCUGGUACUAGAAGUUGGCCAACAUUUUUGAUAAAACUAGGACCAAAGUGGAUUAAGCAGAGUAGUAUCUAGUGUUUAUGUUUAGGAAAAUGCCAGACAUGCACAAAAUUUCAAAUUGUAUACAAAAUAGACACAUGUUUAAAAGUUUUUUUGGGGGGUGGGAAGGGGGGUUCUUUCUAAACUGACCAUUCUUGAAUAGUUUGCAUACCCAAUAAUAUACUCACGGACACACAAUAUUAGUUCUUUGAUGUAGCCAAAUACUACUUUUUGUAUUUACAAAGCCUAGAAGGAUCUGGACAUACAGUUGAUCCAAUGAAAACAUGGGAUUUUUUGAAAAUUGUGCAAGAGCCCAAGGAAAAGAUGAUCAGGUGUUUAACUUCCCUUUCAAUGUUUCCACUAUCACUGUUUUGCAUGUGAGAGGCUCAUGGGUCUGCGAACUGGGAAACUUAGUAGUACACUCAAUACAAGUGCUGAAAGAGAACUAUGCACUCUGCUGGACAUUUCAUUAUACCGCUAAAUAUGAAAGAUGUCUGUUUGUAAUCUUUGUGUGUUUUAUUUAUAUCUGUCUCUGAUGCACAAUAGAAUGUUUCUCUCAGUGCCUUGCAUCUGCUGUGUCAUCUAACAAGCUUAAAACACUGCCAGCUGUGUCACAUUCUCAUACAAAAAGAAAGUCUUAUAAAUAAGUGCUAAAAGUGCAGUCAUUUAUUCCUGUUCUGUAAAUAUUUAGACUGGUAAUGUAUACCAAUUGUAGCAGAAGUACUAAUUUGAUAUGUACAUUAAUUUCCACAGUUGGGUAGGGCAGCACACUUUUUUUUGCUGUUUGUUUUGCUUCCAAUAUGGACUGUGCAACAAAAUUAAGAUUAUAUAGACUGCUCUUAGCAGAAAGUCCUGUUUCAGCUUUUCCUGCCCUGUUCUUUUCUUUUCACAAUCUGUCAAGUCAAAAGAAUUUGAGAAAGGAAAAAAAAGGUAUUUAAGUUGUCUUUCAAUAAAUUAACUUCAAGAGCCUUUAACAUAUCUUUUAAGCUAUUGAGAAAUUAACAUGCAUUUAGGAACAUGGUAAAUCUAACUUUAAAAUUAUAUUUUGGUGUUUACCUUUUGUGUUCUCAUAAUGUGCAAUAGAAACAAUGUUGUAAAGGCAAUGAAGAACCAGAACUAUCUAGUGAAUUAACGUUUUGCCUAUGUAGUCUCAUUUACUGCAUGAUCUUCAUCUUUUUAGGCAAUGUUUCUAUCUUAUGUUAGACCACCAUUUAUUAUACAGGUUCUUGCAUUACUCCCAGGUCACAGAAAGUGCUGAUGUACAGCUAUAUUGGCACUAAGGCAUUCUACUUGGUUGUAUUAACUGCUUCACAGGAAAAAUACUUUGACAAUGAAAAAGGAGAAAACACAAAAGUGUGUAUGAUCUUUGCACUAAUAUGCUCAAUAAAUGCCAAAAUAUACUUUUUAAGGUUUAUUUUCACAUUAUGUUAAUACUCUUCUAUCUAGAGAACUGUGACUAUUCGGCUACAUACCCAUUAUUUAUUUUGAGUGUGUGAACAUCUUUUAAUACACAAUGGGAGCUAGUACUGCUCCAGAUCUCAGUUUCAUGAUUGAUGUUUGAAGUAUUUUUUUUUUUUUUCUUCAUACCUUGUGGUUUAGGUCUGUGCUAGGCUGAUUCUUUAGAUAACAUAUUUAUUAUUUUUGAAAUAAAAAGAAUUGUUUAUAAAUAUUUAUUGUUGCAUAUUCUUUAAUAACUUUUCUGUAAUUUUGUGUGCCUUUUGUAAGGCAAAAACAAAGUGAGCCCUGUUUAUAAUAGUCAUUUUAAAGUAAGUAUUUAACUGAACAAAAUCAUUGUGAAAUUCUUAUGUCUGAGAUAUUUUACAAUAUAACACGACGGCUAUCUGAAAA